AUGAUCGAGAAUGGAGGUCAGAGUGGCCGCUAGUUCUCCAGGAACAGACACUGACAGGAGGGCUGGUUGCUUCCAGAUUCUCAGUUCUCCUUGCUUUCUAUUUUCCAAUUCCGCACAGGCACACAGGAAGAUUUUCGUUUAAUGUCUUUCACAACUGUGGGAAGCUCAGUAUUUGAGCAUACAGUGUGUGCAGUGUGUGUGUGGGAAAGACAGAGGAAGGGGGAUUGUCUCUGGCUGUAGGCCUCAUGCAGGCCUGCCAGAUCUAUAGGCUUUAGCAGCUGGCAUGGGAUUCAACGUCCUGGAAGCCCUUCACAGCCUACGCUCCAGGGAGGGGUUGUCUCUCCCAACUCACCCCUAUAAGCCAGCUCUGUGUCUGGCUGGGAGAGCUGCCCUGGCUCUGGCUCCCCACCCUCUCCUCUCUCCAUCAGAACAGAGGAGCUGGGAUCAGUCAGGCUCCCUGGGCCAGUCUCAGUCCAGGAACAACCCAUUCGCCCUAGUAGAUAUGAAUGGAUUGGAUAGGUAGGCUAUACCGCAAUAUGGCAAUCAGAAGGCAAGCUAGAGCCGCUACCAUAUGGUUUUAAGCCGUGGCUCCAAAACUGUGGAUGUGUCUUUUUCCCCACUGUACCGGAGAGGUGCAUUAGAGCAUGUAAAACAGUCAAAGCCCUGUCACAUCCAGACUGGCCAUUUUAUUUUUAUUAUCACAUAAAGCCGUCCACAUUAGCUGAUCGCCUCACUGUCCGUAUGGAGAUCGGGUCCUAUUUAAACACGCAGUUGAUCACUUAAUGGCUUCCAUGAGCCAUUGUUUCUCUCCCCGAGUUCAGCUGACAUCAUGGAACACUGGGGUGUCUAUGGAAAACUGCUCCCUACAUUUCCCCUUAAACCCCUUUCUCUUCAGCCACGCACUCCAGCAGAAUAAUAGGAUCAGUAUGAGUGGGUAGUGAGCCCAGUUAGGGUACUUUCCACUGGUGAGUUGAAUAAGAGUCCGUCCAGCUGUAUAGUAGUGAAAACACAAGACAUGUUAGAGACGGCAGAUCUGGGACCGCUCCAAUGGAAGACCUCUGUGUGACUCAUUCUAACCAGAGCCAAAGAGUCAGGAGGAAUCACAGGGAUCUAUAGAGACCCAUUAAACCCGCACCGCUGUAUGAGAGAUACAUACAUAAUCCACUCAACUUCUGUGAGGGAUCUAUAUGUCAUUCAGAACUAUACAUGAUAUUGGAGAGAUCUGACCACCUUGUGUUAUGUAGCCAAAAUCUUUAUGACUGCAAUUACACCCACUAAGAACCAGGACAUCAUGAUGAAUUGGAAAGAAACCUAAGAUUGCAUUCAGGAUCAUUCUGUGCUUAACAAACUUUAACAUGUAGACAUUGAUAUAGUGUUGUCUUUUUUGAGCGUCAUAGUUAUUCCAGUUAAUAGCGCAAAUUAUAGUGCAGGAUUACUCAUAGCCACUGUUGACAAGGACGGUUACACGGUUACCAGUUUAGAGUUUCCCAGAUGUUUUGCUUGAGAACAGCACCCUUCUGUUUAUUCAGAAGAUGGAAGAUGUUUCCAUGUUCCAGUAUCUAUCCCUCCUCUCACUACCCUUUACCCACUUGGCUCAUCCAAGACGCUUACUCACCCACUCCUCUCCCAUAUCAUCUCUCUCUCUCACUCCCCCACCUCCCCCUCUCUUUAUAUCCUCCCUUUCCCCUUGCUCUUCCUUUCCAUUUGUCUCUUUGUUCCUCUCUCUCCUACCCUCCCCCCUCUCCCUCUCCAGCCGUCUCUCUUCCUGUCUCUGUGACCCGUGCAGGACUGGGCUGUGUUCACAUACCUGUAGAGUGAGGUCACUGUGAGGGCCAGCUAUGGGCCCCUGGAGUCCUGUAGCUGUUGGCUUCACUGGGCCGGGCAUGCAGGCAGGCGCACAUGCUCACAGACCCAACCGAGUGAUCGCAGUUGGCCUCGCUUAUGUUUUCCCUCGCUUUCUCAACCUCCUCCGUCCGUUUUCUAAAGGUUAUUUGUCAUUUUCAAUUGCCUUUGAUGUGGCUGCCAUGAACCGUCUGGGUUGUGUGUUGUGUGUAGUGUUUCUGCGGUGGGGUAGCUCUAUUCUGGAUGCACGUGAGCUGCAGUCUCGUGGCACUUUCUGUUGACAUUGUCUGACAGUGUUUUGUGGUGUGCCUGCCUUGUCGUAGGACAUUCCUUAGGUCUUUCAUUUUCUUGCUCUCAUGUUACAUUUGGUGACACUGUCAUGUUGCUGUGCCUCUGCCUUGACUUGAAAACUGGAAGUCUGCCCAUCUGAUAAACAGGCAUUUGGCCACACUACCAGGGAAGGCAAGCUGCAGCGGAGUGCAGAGAUCAUAUUGGCGCCACUGCCUCUUAUUAUUUGUCAAAGCACUGCUUUGUCUGAGUGAGAGGAGCCUUCAACUGACUGGGUUGGUUUCUCUGGGGCGCUGCUUGUCACAGUCACUGCCUUGCUACGUGUUUUCAGAAGCACCACUACACUGAAAACACUGUAAUUGCCUGGAGGGUGGAAAGAAUUGCGAUCCAUUAGCUCUGAUAUUAGACAGAUCCACUGUGAGUGUGUUGCUCAUGACCUGUGGCAAUUACGCACAUUGGAAACGGCUUUUAAUCAGAUUUGGCCCUGGCAGCAGACACCGAAAACUGUGAUCUGAGAUGAUUCACUGCUGAUCUAAAGCUGAUGUGGGAUAAACUGCUUUACAGACAGGCCCAUACAGUUAAAACAAAUGUAGAUGAUGACAUUUGAGUGUCCACCAGAAAAUGAAAACCACCUGUGUGUAAAAGGUCAGCUCUCUUCAGUGUUCUUCCAUUGCAGGUUUAUGUUCAGUCAGCUUAGCAGGAUUACUCUGUGGAGACCUUUCUAUUUGCCGUACAGUAAACAACCUAAAGUUGAGGAAAAACUGCCAAAGCCCAAGAACAUUUCAAUACAGGAGAGUCCCUGACUGUAAGUCAGUGGAGCUAAAGAGUCCACAUCUCCUCCCUCAGUCAACACAGGAGCUAUAAAACAAUGACAUGCCAGAUGGGAAACAUAGGGCCUCUUUGGCCAGGAGUUGGACUGGGUGUUGUAUAUAUGAAGUGUGACUGUCAAUUGACGUUAAGGAUUAGACUACUGUUGAGUCUACAACGAUGUAAUGGUAAGAUAUUUGAGAGAGUAAGGUGUAACAAGUCUGUUAGUCUUUGCCGUUUGCAAUGCAUAAUUCUGUCAGUAGUUUGGUCCAUGGUUUGGUAUGGUAAAGGAUUGACAGUGAUCAAGACCCUCAAGAAACAACCACUCUUAAUAUUUUCUCUAAUAAAGAGGAAUGAUAUUGAAAUGGAUUUUGGUGGUGAGAUGUGCUCCAGAGACACACAGUUCCCAGAAGUAGCUAUGCAACUCUGAGGGCAAACAUUGGCAGAUUUAUUAAAGACAAAUUAGAGCUUGAGACUUAAUUCAGUGUGAUGUCUGCUGAGUAUAAAUGGCACCUCUAAAUGAGCCAGGUACAGUGAGGGUAGACUGAGUCCAAAGGUGUUUUACCAUAGAGCAUACAUCAGAAGGGCCUGGGCAUAAGAGACCAGCUUUUCACCGUGUUUGACUCUGCACAGGGCACAGACCAAGCUGGGACACACACACUCCGAGUGUGUUCCUCAGAGGUGCGUCACGACCCCAGCUCUGCGGCAUGCUGUUGGUUUUUCCAAUCUCAAUUACCAUAAUUUCCUGAAUCUAUCCGAUGCAUAGUUUGAGAGUCUAUGGGCUCUGCUAUUUAGAGUCGUUGGUGGUGGGAGUCUAGGCUGGGAUGUUAGGGCUUUGACCUUGUAGCAACAACAGAGUGAGGUAGUGGACAGUUCCAGUACAGCUGCUUUUCGAGGAGUGGGUUCUUCCUCUCUCUCGCUCUCUCUCUCCGGAUGGCUCAUAUCCCCCUUGAUCACAUGGGCAUUUCGCUCUGUUUCUGCACCACAGGAUCCCUGAGCUCAGUACUCUGUCUGUCACACUCACGCCACACCUGAUUGACAGAUGUUUGGUGUGCGUGUGUGUGAAAGCGUGUUUGUUUGAGAACGUCUAAUACUGCUCCUUCUCCCAGCCGCUCAUCUCAACAUUGAUUGUUAACAAGGAGAGUCUUCAGUAAUUGAAAAGUGGACACUGUCCAUACAGUAUAAAGCCCCUGACUUAUAGUACUCCUGAUUUGCUGACCUCUACUUUCCUAGUUGGGUGCAAUAGGUAGUGUAGUGUAGCUGCUCAGGUAGGCGGGCAGGCAGGCAGGGGAAUGGAAACACUGUGGUUACGCUACAGAGGAGGUAAACAGACAGCCAGACAGUCAGAGAGACGGAUGAAGGGAGAUGGAAAGACAGAAGGAAACGCAGGAUGAACUUCUCACACUGUUUUAACUUUUCCUUGCUUCAGUUGAGUUGCGACCCAUUUUUCUGCACUGUGUCACCGGCUGGUUUAGUGCGUGUGUACGAGUGUGUGUGUGUGCACAUGCGAGUGAGCAUGCUUGAGAUUCAAUGACUGAGAGAGGGAUUGAUAGAAAGGAAAAAGCUCUUACUACCCUUCCUUUUAGCAGCACAGAUUGACAGUAUACUAAGAGUAGACUAGGGGCAUUUCCCCCCUCUGCUCUCUGUCGAAGCUUGUUGAUUGUGUGAUGAGAAGCUGAUGACCUCACCCUCUGAUCCAGAACCAGCUGAUUAGAGACAGACACAGGACUGCUGGUCUUUGACCAUAAAACCUCACAGCAGCCCUGCAGCAGUCUGUGGUCGUGGUCCCUCAGUGUUGAAAAGAUGAACUUGAAUCACACACAUUCUGAGGUGGACCUCACUCUUGGCUGGGCGGAGACUAGCGACCCAGUAAACCACAGUCAAUUUUGUCACUUUUAUCAGCCCAUCUGAGAAGAGGGAAUACAAAUGUAAUUUAUUUUUCUGUCCAUUAGCUCAGGGUUUCCCAAACUCGGCCCCACCCCCAGCACUACACAGCUGAUUCAAAUAACCAACUCAUCAUCAAGCUUUGCUUAUUUGAUUGAGCUGUGUAGUGCUACGGCAAAAAACAAGACGUGCACGCAGGGGGGCCCCAGGACCGAGUUUGUGAAACCCAGCAUUAGCUCAUGUCACACCCAUUAUGUCAUGCGAGGGUGAGGUAACCAUGGGAAUAUAUACAUUAAGUCAAAACAGUAACUCGCAGUCAUUCGCCCCUCAGCCAAUGUUGUCAGCCUAACUGGUCCAUCCUCAGGAUCAUUGGCAGGUUCUCUGCCACUGUGAGUUUGCUAAAGACAUUACACUGCACAUGACACUUUACAUUUUGCACGUGUGUUAUAUAAAAAUAUAUGUUGUUCCUAUAUGAUCCACAUGAAAGAAGGAGAGCGUGAGAGCUGUUUAAGUUGUACCAGUGGGGGACUCCAUUUCGCUAACAAUUAAGCCAGAGUUAAUAGAAAGGCUCCCUCGAGUGGGCCAGUGAAAUCCUUAGUACAAACAGCGCUGUGCGCCACACGCUAGCUAGCUCAUUGACUCUCACUUAUAGGACAAAGCCUGUCUUUGUUCUCCCAUGCUGGUUGUGUUAAUUAUAGAUCUAUAGCAGACUGUAGGCCGGGGUGGAGGCCUGAGGAUCUGGGACACAGUACUGUACUGGGUACAGUGACUGACUGCAAGGCAUUAUUAUGGUGGAUAUGUUGUGAUGUGUUGGGUGGGCUCGCAGCAGUCAGCUGUGGACACUGUGCAGUGCAGUGUUUCCCUGCAGGGUCUCUGUGGGGCCACCCUCAGCGGGGUCGGUCUGAACCAGAAGCAUCCGCUUUUCAGGGGAAAAGCAGAGAAGAGGUGAAGCCUGAAAACCAGAUGCUUCUGGAUUCUGCCGACCCUGCUCAGGCGUUUCUUUUACGCCUGCUACUUUAGGUUACUGUGGGGCAGACCCAGAGGGCCAGAUGAGAGUUGGUUGUGAGGAUGAAACGCUGUGAGAAGGAUGGUUGUGGCAGGACUCUUAACAAAUGACUGCCUCGCCUGGUUCACCAACUACUUCUCAGAUAGAGUUCAAUGUGUCAAAUCGGAGGGCCUGUUGUCUGGACCUAUGGCAGUCUCUAUGGGGGUGCCACAGGGUUCAAUUCUUGGGCCGACUCUUUUCUCUGUGUAUAUCAAUGACGUCGCUCUUGCUGCUGGUGACUCUCAGAUCCACCUCUACGCAGACGACACCAUUUUGUAUACAUCUGGCCCUUCAUUGGACACUGUGUUAACAAACCUCCAAACGAGCUUCAAUGCCAUACAACACUCCUUCAGUAGCCUCCAACUGCUCUUAAACACUAGUAAAACUAAAUGCAUGCUCUUCAACCGAACGCUGCUUGCACCCGCCCACCCGACUAGAAUCACUACUCUCGACGGGUCUGACCUAGAGUAUGUGGACAACUACAAAUAUCUAGGUGUCUGGUUAGACUGUAAACUCUCCUUCCAGACUCACAUUAAGAAUCUCCAAUCCAAAGUUAAAUCUAGAAUCGGUUUCCUAUUUCGCAACAAAGCCUCCUUCACUCAUGCUGCCAAACAUGCCCUCGUAAAACUGACUAUCCUACCGAUCCUUGACUUCGGCGAUGUCAUUUACAAAAUAGCCUCCAACACUCUACUCAGCAAAUUGGAUGUAGUCUAUCACAGUGCCAUCCGUUUUGUCUCCAAAGCCCCAUAUAAUACCCACCACUGUGACCUGUACGCUCUUGUUGGCUGGUCCUCACUACAUAUUCGUCGCCAAACCCACUGGCUCCAGGCCAUCUAUAAAUCACUGCUAGGCAAAUCCCCACCUUAUCUUAGCUCAUUGGUCACCAUAGCAACACCCACCCGUAGUCUGCGCUCCAGCAGGUAUAUCUCACUGGUCAUCCCCAAAGCCAACACCUCUUUUGGCCGCAAUUCCUUCCAGUUCUCUGCUGCCAAUGACUGGAACAAAUUGCAAAAAUCUCUGAAGCUGGAGACACUUAUCUCCCUCACUAACUUUAAGCAUCAGUUGUCAGAGCACCUUACCGAUCACUGCACCUGUACACAGCCCAUCUGAAAUUAGCCCGCCCAACUACCUCAUCCCUAUAUUGUUAUUUAUUUUGCUCAUUUGUACCCCAGUAUCUCUAUUUGCACAUCAUCUCUUGCACAUCUAUCAUUCCAGUGUUAAUACUAAUUGUAAUUAUUUUGCACUAUAGCCUAUUUAUUGCCUUACCUCCAUAACUUGCUACAUUUGCACACACUGUAUAUAUAUGUAUUUCUGUUGUAUUUUUGACUUUGUUUUGUUUUACCCCAUAUGUAGCUCUGUGUUGUUGUUUUUAUCGCACUGCUUUGCUUUAUCUUGGCCAGGUCGCAGUUGUAAAUGAGAACUUGUUCUCAACUGGUUUACCUGGUUAAAUAAAGGUUAAAUAAAAAAAUAAAAAAAUAAAAUAAAAAAAAGGCCUGGUUAGGAUCCAGAGCCCAAGGGGCAGAGCACAGCACAGGGGAUCAGAGCGCUGGGCUCCCAGCUCCCCCUUCCAGUCUCAGAGCUCAGCUGGGAAGAGGAGAGAGAAGAGGGGGUGUGAAGGCAGCCCUGGAAAGCCCUCGUGUCCCCUGGCAGCCGCUCAAAUGACCAGCAGCUAGCUAGUUCACUGAACACAGGCUGAGUAACAAGCUUAUGCCUGGAUAAUCACAGGGUCUGGUGUAAUAUCAGCAUAAUAAUAAUCAAUCAGCAUUAUUAAAGCAAUAUUUAGUGCAGAGCAGGCCACGGUUGGCUUGCCAUCCAGCACUGUGUUACUGUUCACACAGUCCAGCCCUGCAACUUUCACAGGGACAGGAGAGAGCCCUGCCUGUAUGUAAACUCAUUAGAUGUUCCACUGUUUUCCAGUAAGGGAGGUGUGUGUGGUUGUGUGAGGCAUGCGGUUACAAACCAAUACAAGGGUCAGAGGGUGUCAGGGAGACUUGUUGAUGACCUCAAUUCACAGAUUUGUACCUAGAUCAUUCAACCACUCAGAAAUAUUGCUGUGUAGUAGUCAUUGACUGUAAUGUUUGUCUGUGUUGUGCCUGUCCUCUGACCUCUGUGUCCCUCUGUGUGUCCCCAGCCUGCCUGUUUCGCUACAAUGGUCUGUCUCUGGUCUACCUGCUCUACCUGCUGCUACUGCCAUGGUUCCUGUGGCCUAACAAACACACACUACGAGGUAAGACGACACGCCAAUCCUUCCCUUCAUUUGGCAACUCCUGCUUGUUUUGUAGUUUCAGGUGUGGGUGGGUAGGUGUGGUUGUAAGUGGGAACGCCAAGAUCUCUCACCGCAGCAUUGACGUUGAUCAAAUGGUGCAAUGUUUGGAAGUUGUGCAAUAUAACAGAAGAGCCGGAAAAAACAUGAAUGAUGAAACAAUGAAACAGGCUUUCAGAGCAUGGUUCACAUCCUCAUACAUACCACAGCAUCUGUAUUGGAGUUUGUUUCAGACAGACAGCUUCCGUACUUCAAUCUAUAUUUUACCACCAAACCUAUGAGGACUGGGCUGCAACUCUGAUACCCUCCAGUAAAUACAGGAUAUUUGGGGGUUUAUAAGUGAUUGGUUUUUUCUCUCAGCUAUUUAAGCUAUAAGGCCAGAGGGGGUGUGGUAAAUGGCCAAUAUACCACGGCUAAGGGCUGUUCUUACGCACAACGCAACGCGAAGUGCCUGGAUACAGCCCUAAGCCGUGGUAUAUUGGCCAUAUACCACUAACCCCCGAGGUGCCUUAUUGCUUUUAUAAACUGGUUGCCAACACAGUAAGGCAAGGAACUACACAACUAAAUUGAAAAUGUUGCUUUAAUAAAUAAAUUCAUAAUAAAUAGAUUCCGCCAGAAAAAGUAGUCCGGACAAAAUACUCGUUGCUAGACUGGUUGCUAUGCAACAACCACAGGCUAGGUAGCAAGCUUACAUUAAAUGUAUGCAAAAACCGAGCUUAGCGCCACUUCUAGAGUGACUAACACAUGCCAAUUAUUUAUUAAUGUUGAUCUGAAUGUUACCAUUUAUUGUGCACGAAUAGAAAAAUUGACCCAUGUUAACGUUUGUUGUUGGCUUGCCCAUGUUGUCGUUUGUUGGCUCCACGCUGCUGGAAAUGGAUGCCGUUCUUUUAACUGGGGGAGCUGCUGCUGUGUUGUCAGAGAGAAUAGUGUUCCACCGCUUCCUCGCUUCCAGAUUUGGCCUCCAGUAACUUUGAAGAGAGUUUUCGAAUCUGUGUCCUCUGACAUACAGUAUUUCUCAUGCCUCUGUCAUCCGACAGUUUCUGGAUCAUGGUGGUUCGAAGGCAGUGGUUUGUGUAAAUCUGCGACGGGCCAGCUAUUUUGCAGAUCUUUGGCAGCAUUGUUGCGAGGGUGUUCACUCCCAUCGGCUCUUUUGUGUACCUGAAACAUAAGACAAAAUAACGUUAGCUAAUAGUUAGGCCUAUAUAGCUACCAGUUAUAUUGUCAGGGUACAUUAGAAUGAUUUAGCUAGAUAACAGUUACAUACCAUAUGUAGCCGUUCACUGGUGGGCAGCUUUGUCACGCCCCUCUUUCCUCAACUUUUUAAUUACGCCGACAGACACAUUGUUGCUCGUUGUGAAUUCUGUGUCUUUCUGUAUACUCAAUGCCAGACUGAGACGGGGGGUCGUUGAUAUGUCGGUUCAAACCAGCCUUGAGUCCAGUGUAGCUGCUAAUCCCAUAUUCUUCGCCAUUCAUGUUUCUCACUGAACCAUACAAGUCCCGUAGAAUGACACUCAGCUCCGUUUUUGUUGUAUUCCCAAACUCACAAUGUAUCCCUUUUCCACACACCAGUCAGUGAAGCAGGUAAGUGCCCACUUUGUUUGUUUCACGAUGUUAUUUUCAUUUCGGUUUCUCUCAAGUUAAUCUAAACACUUAUUUUCUACAUUUGCAUGUUGAGCUAUUGUUGAUUUAGCAGUUUUAUCGACGUGACGAUAAAGGUGAAAAGGAUAAACGUCUGUAUAUGAUCUCACAUACACACGGCUAAAUGCUGUUUUAACCAAUCAGCAUCCAGUAUCCAAACUACCUGGUUUAUAAUCUCAAUUAGACCGCUGGGGGUGAUGUUUGUGGGUGUUGUGUAAUGUUAAGCCAUGGAUUAGAUUGAGGUGUGUGGCUUUGCUUUGCCCUCUCUCAUUUCCUCUGUGUGUCCACUGGGCUGGGCAGUGUCAGGAUGAUGCCAGGUUAGCCAGGCAGGUAGACAGGCACUUACAGAGGGCUUAACAUCCAGCUUUGUCUGGGUCUUGAGUGAGAGCCUGGGGCCUGGGCCUGCCAAAACACACAGCAGGUGACUAAACCAGCUCCCUUUGAUAUUGCCCAAAUAAUGCACUUGCGCUGAAUGGAGGUGUUGAAUAUAUCUCAUGUCAAAUGUAUGGACUGACAAACAGACAGACAGUCUUUAAAAGGACCAAUCAGCAGUUGCUACAUACAUUUUUGGACUGUUAAAUUAAUUAUAUACAGUACCAGGCAAAAGUUUGGACACGCCUACUCAUUCCAGGGUUUUUCUUUAUUUUUACUAUUUUCUACAUUGUAGAAUAAUAGUGAAGACAUCAAAAUUAUGAAAUAACACAUAUGGAAUCAUGAAGUAAUCAAAAAAGUGUUAAACAAAUCAAAAUAUAUUUAAUUUUUGAGAUUCUUCAAAUAGCCAUGCUGGUUAAGUGUGCCUUGAAUUCUAAAUAAAUCACAGACAGUGUCACCAGCAAAGCACCAUCACACCUCCUCGUCCAUGCUUCACGGUGGGAACCACACAUGCGGAGAUCAUCCGUUCACCUACUCUGUGUCUCACAAAGACACGGCGGUUGGAACAAAAAAUCUCACAUUUGGACUCAUCAGACCAAAGGACAGAUUUCCACCGGUCUAAUGUCCAUUGCUCAUGUUUCUUGGCCCAAGCAAGUCUCUUCUUCUUAUUGGUGUCCUUUAGUAGUGGUUUCUUUGCAGCAAUUCGACCAUUAAGGCCUGAUUCACGCAGUCUUCUCUGAACAGUUGAUGUUGAGAUGUCUUACUUGAACUCUGUGAAGCAUUUACUUGGGCUGCAAUUUGAGGUGCAGUUAAUUGCCGAUUUUCUGAGGCUGGUAACUAAUGAACUUAUCCUCUGCAGCAGAGGUAACUCUGGGUCUUCCUUUCCUGUGGCAGUCAUGAGAGCCAGUUUCAUCAUAGCGCUUGAUGGUUUGUGCGACUGCACUUGAAGAAACUUUCAAAGUUCUUGACAUUUUCCGUAUUGACUGACCUUAAUGUCUUAAAGUAAUGAUGGACUGUCGUUUCUCUUUGCUUAUUUGAGCUGUUCUUGCCAUAAUAUGGACUUGGUCUUUUACCAAAUAGGGCUAUCUUCUGUAUACCACCCCUACCUUGUCACAACACAACUGAUUGGCUCAAACACAUUAAGAAGGAAAGAAAUUCCACAAAUUAACUUUUAACAAGGCACACCUGUUAAUUGAAAUGCAUUCCAGGUGACUACCUCAUGAAGCUGGUUGAGAGAAUGCCAAGAGUGUGCAAAGCUGUCAUCAGGGCAAAGGGUGGCUACUUUGAAGAAUCUCAAAUAUAAAAUAUAUUUGGAUUUGUUUAACACUUUUUUGGUUACUGCUUGAUUACAUAUGUGUUAUUUCAUAGUUUUGAUGUCUUCACUAUUAUUCUACAAUGUAGAAAAUAGUAAAAAUAAAGAAUAAAAGUAUAAGCUUGUUUUACUCCAAUGUUUGUAAACAAAGUCAAUGUAAACAAACAUGGUUAAAACUAUCAUUUUGAUCUCAUCGAUGGUCAGGUCAGUCCUGGCAUCCAUAGCUCUGUCUAUUAAUUUGAGAGUGGUUAUAUUUCUCAAGCACCAUCCCUCAGCUGUUUACCAAAACAAGUGGUGGGGUACCCACUUUGCAAUUUUUUAAACUCCGGAUUACCCCUUUAAAGAGUGAUUUAAUUUGGGCCUUUUGACUAUAACACACAGGGCCACCCAAGCUCAAGUUCUAUUUCCUGAUUACUUUUAUGUGUAAAUGUCACGCCCUGGCCUAUAUAACGCUAGCUAGUUUGGUCAGGGUGUGAAUAAUCUAUGUUUGUAUUUCUAUGUUUGGCCGGGUUUGGUUCCCAAUCAGAGGCAGCUGUCGCUCGUUGUCUCUGAUUGGGGAUCAUACUUAGGCAGCCAGUUUUCCUGCCUGUGUUGUGGGUUUUUGUUUGUGUUCGGUUAGUGUGGCUUGUUAGUGUUAGCCUUCCGACGUCACGUUUUGUUGUUUUUGUAUGUUUAUUCAGUUCAAUAAACAUGGAUGCAUUUCACGCUGCGUCUUGGUCCGUCCCGUGUAUGAACGAUCGGGACAGAAAAACCCACCACCAAUGGACCAAGCAGCGUGCCCAGGAGGAGCAGAGAGGAUGGACCUGGCAGGAGAUAAGAGAGGAUCUGGCAAGGCAGAUGGAGGCCCUGAAAGGGAUCAGGGUGGAGAGACAGCCCUAAUAAUUUUUUGGGGGGGCUAAAAGGGUGGUCGGGGAGCGACAGAGAGGAGCCUCGACCACUGCACUCGUGGGGGCUCAAGGAGGAGUCCUCACUGGAGGAGGACGGGGCGCGGAGUGUAAAGGACGGAGUUCCCAGUCCGGUACGCCCCGUACCUGCUCUCCGCACCAAGCCAGUGGUGCGUGUUCCCAGUCUGGCCCGGCCUGUUCCUGCUCCCCGCACCAAGCCAGUGGUUCGUGUUCCCAGUCUGGCCCGGCCUGUUCCUGCUCCCUGCACCAAGCCAGUGGUGCGCGUCGCCAGUCUGGCCCGGCCUGUUCCUGCUCCUCGCACCAAGCCAGUGGGGCGCGUCGCCAGUCCGGCCCGGUCUGUUCCUGCUCCUCGCACCAAGCCAGUGGUGCGCGUCGCCAGUCCGGCCCGGCCUGUUCCUGCUCCUCGUACCAAGCCAGUGGUGCGCGUCGCCAGUCCGGCCCGGCCUGUUCCUGCUCCUCGUACCAAGCCAGUGGUGCGCGUCGCCAGUCCGGCCCGGCCUGUUCCUGCUCCUCGUACCAAGCCAGUGGUGCGCGUCGCCAGUCCGGCCCAGCCUGUUCCUGCUCGUCGCACCAAGCAAGUGGGGCGCGUCGCCAGUCCGGCACGGCCCGUGCCCGUUCCACCGGUGCCGAACAGCGGCUCCACUCCGGAGCCGGAGCCGCCACCGAGGCUGGAAGCCCACCCGGACCCUCCCCUAUUCAGUCAAGUUUGUGCGGCCGGAGUCCGCACCUUUGGGGGGGGGGGGUACUGUCACGCCCUGGCCUAUAUAACUCUAGCCAGUUUGGUCAGGGUGUGAAUAAUCUAUGUUUGUAUUUCUAUGUAAAAAUGUGUGGUCUGUUUAUGAAUAAAAACUAAUUUGCAGAGAAAUAGCUAUAGUUCCGUGGUCUACCCCUGUUAUGAUAUUAAUGUGUAAAGUGAAAAACCUAAUGGUCAGUAAUAUGCGAUGGCAACGAGACAGGAAUUAAUAUGAAAAAUGCAGAAACCUCUUAUUCUUUGUCACGAUCGUCGUAUGGAGUAGACCAAUGCGCAGCGUUAGUUGCGAACAUACUUCUUUAUUAAGUGAAGACACGAACAAAACAAGAAAACGAUAACGUGACAGUCAACGGUCAAACACAAACCAACUCGAACAAGAUCCCACAAAACACAAAGGGCAAACAGACAGUUUAAAUAUGGCUCCCAAUCAGAGACAACCAGCCACAGCUGACACUCGUUGCCUCUGAUUGGGAGUCACUCUGGCCAACAUAGAAACAGCACAACUAGAACUCCCGACAUAGAAAUACGACACAUAGAAUGACCACACCCUGGUUCAACAUAUAGAGUCCCAGAGCCCGGGUGUGACAGUACCCCCCCCCCUAAAGGCGCGGACUGCGACCGUGCCUCAACUUGAACAAAACAGAGGAGGGCUGGGUGGGCAUUCCUCCUCGGCGGCGGUUCUGGCUCCGGGCUUGCCCACCACCCUCCAAUAAUCCCCCCAUAGCGCCCCUGGUCCGAUCUGGCCCCGCUGGCUGGAGCUGAACUGGACAUAGUAGGUGCGGAUAGCUUCAGCUCCGGUGUGGAGUAGCCGACCGGUACCUGAUCAGGCACCGGUGACCCAGGCACGGGUUGUGCCGGACUGACGACGCGCACCCCUGGCUUGGUGCGUGGAGCAGGAACGGACCGGACCGGGCUGACAAUACGCACCCCUGGCUUGGUGCGUAGAGCAGGAACGGUCCUUACCAGGCUGACGACUCGCACCCCUGGCUUGGUGCGUGGAGCAGCAACGGGCCGGACCGGGCUGACGACUCGCACCCCUGGCUUGGUGCGUGGAGGAGGAACGGGCCUUACCAGGCUGAAGACUCGCACCCCUGGUUUGGUGCGUGGAGCAGCAACGGGCCGGACCGGGCUGACGAUGCGCACUCCUGGCUUGGUGCGUGGAGCCGGAACGGGCCGUACCGGGCUGACGACUCGCACCCCUGGCUUGGUGCGAGUAGCAGGAACGGGCUGGACCAGGCUGACGACUCGCACCCCUGGCUUGGUGCGAGUGGCAGGAACGGGCUGGACCGGGCUGAUGAUGCGCACCCCUGGCUUGGUGCGUGGAGCCGGAACGGGCUGGACCAGGCUGACGACUCGCACCCCUGGCUUGGUGCGAGUGGCAGGAACGGGCUGGACCAGGCUGACGACUCGCACCCCUGGCUUGGUGCGAGUGGCCGGAACAGGCCGGGCCGGGCUGGCGACGCGCACCGUAGGCUUGGUGCGAGUGGCAGGAACAGGCCGGGCCGGGCUGGCGACGCGCACCGUAGGCUUGGUGCGAGUGGCAGGAACAGGCCGGGCCGGGCUGGUGACGCACCCCAUAGGCUUGGUGCGAGGAGCAGGAACAGGCCGGGCCGGGCUGGCGACGCGCACCGUACACAUGGUGCGAGGGGCAGGAACAGGCCGGACCGGGCUGGCGACGCGCACCGUACACUUGGUGCGAGGGGCAGGAACAGGCCGGGCCGGGCUGGCGACGCGCACCGUACAUUUGGUGCGAGGGGCAGGAACAGGCCGGGCCGGGCUGGCGACGCGCACCGUACACAUGGUGCGAGGGGCAGGAACAGGCCGGACCGGGCUGGCGACGCGCACCGUACACUUGGUGCGAGGGGCAGGAACAGGCCGGGCCGGGCUGGCGACGCGCACCGUACACUUGGUGCGAGUGGCAGGAACAGGCCGGGCUGGCGACGCGCACCGUACACUUGGUGCGAGGGGCAGGAACAGGCCGGGCCGGGCUGGCGACGUGCACCGUACACUUGGUGCGAGGGGCAGGAACAGGCCGGGCCGGGCUGGCGACGCGCACCGUACACUUGGUGCGAGGGGCAGGAACAGGCCGGACCGUACUGGGGACACACACCACUGGCUCUACACCGGGAUCUGGAACGGGCCGGACCGGACUGGUAACACACCCCAGUACCUCUCGCCGUGCCUCUACACCUUCCUUCCCUACUUUGACCAUAACCUGUGGCCUUCUGAUUCGCCCCUUGUUCCGUUCCAUGCCUGUGCCCCCCCUAAUUUUUUGGUUGCCUCCGACACAUUACGCGUGCUCCUCUCUCGGCGCGCUUCAACUCCAUGAGGAUUCCCCAGGUCCAGACCCUCCGAGAUCGCUCCCACGUCAGCUGCCUGCUCCGGAGUCCUGGUUGGGGAUCUCUGUACGUCUCGUAGAGUAGACCACAUUGCGACUACUCUUUAUUAAGUGAAGACACAGAACAAAAAAGAAAACGAUAACGUGACAGUCAACGGUCAAACACAAACCCAACUCGAACAAGAUCCCACAAAACACAAGGGCAAACAGACAGUUUAAAUAUGGCUCCCAAUCAGAGACAACCAGCCACAGCUGACACUCGUUGCCUCUGAUUGGGAGUCACUCUGGCCAACAUAGAAACAGCACAACUAGAACUCCCGACAUAGAAAUACGACACAUAGAAUGACCACACCCUGGCUCAACAUAUAGAGUCCCAGAGCCCGGGUGUGACAUUCUUGACUUUGCUCUGGAAGCCAAACUUGAUUACCCACAAUACACUCCUGUUGAGAGGCUGUAUUACAGGGAUUUCUCGCUUCAUGUUUGAGAGUUUUGCUAUCUCUAUCUUCUCAUGAUUUGAUGGUGCAGUGUUUUCCCUCAGUAUUCCCUCAAUAUAAAGUUCUGAUUUCACAGUACUUAGUUACAAUCGGCGUUAAUCUCCUGCAGACAUGAUAAAAACACAGCAGAUGUUGUUUUUCAGAGCUGUACAAAGAAUUAUGUCAGCAGCACAAACCUACUGCUCAAUGAUGUCCUUAUUCUAUAGUAAAGAGGGUAUACAGAACUAUAGAGCUAACCUCCUCCUGACAGCUUGAUUAUUUUGCCGCCUCUGCUCUUGCUCAGCAAAGCCCAAGUGGUUUCAUUGAUUGACUCAACAUAAAUAUUGCUCUAUUUUAGACAGACGAAUCUCCUGGUGUGCUCUUAAUCAAAUACCAAUAAACAGUGGAUAUUAUUUCAGGUCUGGAAAAUCCGCUCUUUCCACAUCCUUCCCAUAUCCUCCACCCACAUCCCUGUCUGUGGUAGCAGUUUAGUGAUCUAUGGCUGCUGUAGACCGAACAAUAGAAAUGGUACUGAUUUUUAACACCACAGAUAAGCACACACACCCUGCACCCAGCCUUAACCCCCAGAGGCUUGUUUAUCCAACAUAUCAACUGGCUCACGCUCCUGAGAGCCAAUGGGCGCUAUCAGUUCCUGUACUAGUGAUAAGGUCUACAGUGAAUAAACACAGAACCGGAAGCACGCUAAUUAUAGAUCAUUAAAACAGUUGAAUUCUCCCAUUCUCUCUCCUUUGUUAUUUUUUUUCCAUCGAUGAAAGGAUGGGAGAUUAUAUGAACAAGCUGCGUUUAAUACUAUUCCAUCUCAGUGCUGUUAGGUUCAAUAACUACGUUUCUUUUAGAGGGAAAACGGGGGAAAUCUGAGCAUGAUAAGCUGUGCGGGGUCACAUGACUAUUUCUGGGGAACUGAGUAUGUGUAAAUGGUGAGAGGUUUAUUUCAGGGGGACUCGCUGGUGGAAGUGAUUCCCUGAAGGAAAAUCCCAGAGUCUGCCAGCCUCUUAUAAAAUGAAGCCUGACAGAGAAUAGGAUUAACGGUUUUAAUGAAAACCAUCUUGAAUCGUUCCCUGCCUCCAAUUAUCAGCACAUUUCUUGGUCUGGGCUGCCAUGGGAGGACCAGAUGCAUGUAAUCAUGGAGGCAGAUGGAUGAACCAGGAGGAUUCUGGAGACGUCAAGCAGAAACGACCCCCUCCGCCUCACCUCCACAUGCUCCUCCUUUCCAGGGAAAAUGUAAUCUCACCCUCCGUGAAUUUGGUGGAGCAUGGGACAUAUUAGGGUUGAGAGUAGCCAUGGUCACAAUUUCCUCUGUGGAUUAGCGGGUUAAAGGAGUUGUUGUCUUAUGUCAUACUGCCCUGAGACCUGACCUGGUUAUAGAUGCUCUGGCCUGUCUGGAAGGAAAUUAUGACUGUUUCCAGUGACUGAGAGGAAGACUGAGAGGAAGCUUAUUCUAUACACAUUACAAUUAAUACAGGCUACCACAUGCAUGUGCGCUCUUGCUUUCCCCUUUUGUGUUAUUGAAUCGAUCCCAUAUUGUUGUCAUUCAUUCAGUAACAUAAGCUAAGACUCAAUUAAGUGGAUCUCACCAAGGUAUCAUUGGAUUCAUUGAGGCCACUGACAGAGAGGACUGUGGUAAGCCUUAAUAGUCCCUUUCAGCUCCUCCCCAGCCCAAAUACAUAUCACCUGAUACACUGUGUUUGACAUUCCCUUCAAAAGACUAUGUUCCAUUGCUCGCUCCCCAUUAUCUAAAUCCCCUGUAUUGUACAAUCUGGACACACUGUCGUUUCCCCAGAGCUGAUAAGCAAAAGGACAAAUAUUGAGCACCUGUCUGGAGCCUGCUGGGUUACACUGUUCCCAACUUAGGAAAAUAAUAGGGGAUUUAUUCACUGGUAUUCAGGUCCAACGCUCGCAGGGUGUUGCAUCAAAUCUCUUCCCCUGUGUAUUCUAUUCACACCUGCAGGGGCUUUACAACAUCCCUUCCUGAGGCACCGCUGUUGAGACCACGUCCAUAUCCACAGCUUUCCUGUCGCCGGUGAAACAGCAGUUUGAGACAUGGAGGAAUGAAUGUCCCCUCUGGUUUUUGUUUUGUGUGUUUUUUGUUGAGGAAGGCAUCGUGUGGCUUUGAAAGGCCCCAAAGCCCAACUGUCACUGACUGUCAUGCUGAUAAAUGAGAGGGUGUGAGGGAAAUGCACACCAGGCCAGGCCUCCCUAAAUGAGUACUCAAGGCCGACCACAGCUUAAACUGGGCAGAGAAUAGACUGUGGGAAGGGCCGUAAGUGCAGUUGACAACAAGUUUGCAGCUGAUUUCAGAUUAUUUCUGUUCCAAUGCUGAUAUAUUAGACAAGACAGCUGUCUGUUCUCAGACAAAUAUGAGACCACUCUCAAUAGGCCCAUCUGGUUUAUUUGACCAGAAUGUCCAUAAAAUGUGGUCCUUUAUUUGUCCUUUUCCCCUAUGGAGAAAUGGAGCAGGUUUAGCUAAUGAAAAUAGAGUCCAGCAUUUUGAAUAAUGAGAGAGAACUAGCAUCAGUAUGUAAGGUAUCUGUCCACCGCCACAUGGAGCAAAACAAUAUACUGCUAGUGUGCACUGAAAAGAGACUGUAUAUUUCAUCACAAACCAUGUCAACCUGUAAAUAAUUUUAAUAAUGAAAGCAAGUUACAUUACUAUCUUCAUUAAAUGGCAUGUAAAGUACACCUACAAACAUAUUGGCUAUAUUAUGGAUAUUUGCCCAGCCUGACCCAUCGUUUCCUUUACCUGCUAGGCAGUGGAGGCUGCUGAGGGGAGGACGGCUCAUAAUAUUGACUGGAAUGGAAUGGUAUCAAACACAUGGUUUUCAUCUGUUUGAUACCAUUCCAUUCACUCCAUUCCAGCCAUUACACUCGAGUCCAGACAUUAUUAUGAGCCGUCCUCCCCUCAGCAGCCUCCACUGCUGCUGGGAGUUAUGUGGGAGGCAGGGGUGGGGUCAAUUCCAUUUCAAUUCCAGUUGUCUUCAAUGCUUUUCAAUGAGGAACAUUUGGAAUUUAAAUGGAAUUGACCCCAACCCUGGUGGGAGGAGUGAGGGUCUGUGGACCCCUGGUUGGUUGUUUCUCUUGGUUAGAUCAGUGGCCUGAGAGUGAGAGGCCAUGGGGCCAGAGAGGAGCUUUUCCCAGAGGCGUGCCUGCUAUGUGCCCUCCGCUCCUCCGCUCCCAACAGGAACUGGGAUUCCACACGCCACUGUUAUUUCAGCAGAGUCUUCUUACGCAAACGCCAGCUUUUCUCACACCAACGCAGCCCUGCGACAGGACAGGAUGUCAGAGAACAGCACAGAUAAGCGUAGGCAGCAGGACAUGGUGUACGAUCCAAAUGUAAUGCAAAACAACAAAACAUAAAUAAAUGUCAGUGUUUUCAGUCAUUUUUGUUUACUGUCGGGUAGCUGUUUCUUCAGGUUGCUGACUAUUGUUGCUGAUUGGUAGAAGUUUUUAAACAAAUGUACCUUUAGUGUAAUGAGUUUACACACAUAGAACAUGUGAAUGAGAUCCCUCUAGUAAGCAGACCAACUAGCAGGGUCAGUGUGUUCUCUCACUCUAAUAUUUUAGCAGUACAGUACGGGUGGUGUAAGCCAGAGAUGCAGUGUGUGUGUUUCCAGUCAGUGGAUGGUGUUAGGAAUUGAAAACCGGUCAAGGUGUGGAGACAUGCGUGAUGCAUAAUACAAGGCGAACAACUUCUAUGUUUAACAGACAGACAGACAUGCAUAUAGGAAGACAUUACUCUAAGAGGUUCGCAGCAAAUCUCUCCCACUCCAGAGGGGAGGGCAGAAUUAAAUACUCUUGCCUUAUCUGUUCGCUGUUUCACCCUUCCGUGCCUGGUGCCAAAGCAUUAAAUCAAGGCUGAGACCUUGGGGUAGAAUAGACUAUACAUUUGAAACGUCUUAAUCGCUUAAGGACACCCAUGGCUGAUUGUUAUGGCUCAAGGGCCCAGAUACCAGUUACUAAGACCUGCUUUACGGUGACCUCUAGCAUUAAAGAGAGUACCUAAAGGCCAAAUUCCAAUAGGGAAUAAUCAUCAGAACAUAGCUUUCUUAACAGGCCCACAGUGGCCUCGUUGAACCACCACGCCCUCUGUACCCUGGACUGUUGUGUCCGGAGGCUGGCCCUGUGGACCCCUCUCCAUAACAGCACUGUUUACACUGGCCAGCUAAACCAGCCUUUUACGAUGCGCUGGAAAAAUAAGCCGGUAUGCCUGAGGUCCUCUUUUUGGAAAGCUCCCCCUUUACAAAUGAGGUAAAUUCAAUUAAAGAAAAUACAUUGGGUUUUUUAGCGAAUGAAAACAAACAGAGCACAGUAUCGCUCAGAGUGCCUAGCAGGAGUCGGCUCAUUUCUCAGGGAUGAAACUCAAUUAGGUUCUGUUUUCGACUUGUGAAAGAGUAAUUUUGGAACUAUUAUUCCAUCUCCCCUCAGUCUAAAUAGUGUAUAAGAAUAAAUAAACCCAACAACUGCAGAGCAAACUGUGAAAGUUAUGUGGCUCUUUAGCGGCCUGAGUAUUAAACAUAAUGCCCUGCUCUUUAACAUGCACUGUUUUUCUUUCCACUCUAACCCGGGCCCAGAAACUCUGCUGCACCCCUCCAUGUCAGGUGCACUACAGUCACAAGACUUGUUAAAACAAUGUUCAGAGCUACACUCGUACAAUUGAGAAUUCCUCCAAAUUAUCCUGUUUCAUGGAAAACCCAGUAAUGUCACCCCAGAUUGCAGAUUUUAGUUGAGGUUUUACGACACAUACAGCACCAGGGUGAGUGGGUAAAGAGGGCGCCCGCUGAAAAAAAAUAUUUUACAGACGUCACCUGAGCAAAUUUCUGCCUGUCUCUGAAAAUACAAACUAGAAAUGGCAAACAUGGCCAAGAAAAGGUCCUGCAAUUCACAGAGUUAAGGUUUGAUCUCCCUGUAGUGAACUACACUACCCAGUGGCCUCUGCUCACCUCUGGCUUUCACCAAGAACACUGCUGCCCCCACUCAGAUCCAAAACCAGACCUUCCCAGAUAGUUCACUAUCUAAUGAGAGAUGAUGAGGCCAUGAUUGCAAUGAUUGUCAUUGGCUGUCAUGUCAUGCUAUCCCUGGUAUGAAGAUUUUAAUAUCAUGUUUGUGUUGAGUUAUGUCUUGAUAGUACUUAAGAAUAGUGAUGGCAGGUCUCAGAUGUCGUCACCACAUUGGUGGCUGUGCUGGUCUCUCCUCAGAGAGAUCUCCAUCAUAUGAAACCUGCUCUGGAAAGAACACUACACACCAUGCUCUGGUUCCCUAUGAGGAGCUGUCUCCCUCUGGCCUUGUUUUAAGACACUGGAAUGCACCUCCACAUUCCAUUCCUACUUUAUCUCUUAGAAUAGGAAACUACCCCAAAACUUAGAUUACGGUGCAGAGUGCAUGAGUGGUGUGCAAUGACAGUGUAAAUGCAGGUAAGUGGGUCUAGGCGUGCAUAUUUUUUUUGAUGUUUUAGAGGUCAUGUUACUCUAGCUGACAGUCAUGAGUAAUGUAACGUAGGAAUGUUGUAGAUGGAUAUCUUCAUGAUGACCCUGCAAAGAACUAUGAUAGGUUCUACUUAUAGCCCUUCAGGUCCUACAGGAGAGGGAUGGACUCAAUAGCCUUGAACUAUACUGUGACACAGGAUACAUGCAGAAUAUUAGCAAGGCAGUUACAGAAUUUGAUUUGGAGUUGAGUUUUAAAGAGGCAAUGACAUCAUGAUUUUCCAGUAGCAGGGGUAGAGAGCCGGGUGGUUGAAGAGGGCCCCGUGUAGCUCAGUUGGUAGAGCAUGGUGCUUGCAACGGCAACGGUUGUUGGUUCGAUUCCCAUGGGGGCCAGUAUGAAAAAAAAUAAUAAUAAUAAUGUAUGCACUCACUAACUGUAAGUCACACUGGAUAAGAGCGUCUGCUAAAUGACUAAAAUGUAAAUGUAAAGAGGGAAGACAGCGCAGUUAACUUAAACACACACACACUUGGAGACAGUGGAGCUUAUGUGCAGGGGUUUGGGUAGCAGCAGUUGAGUAGAGCUGUCUGCAGUAAGUCAGGGUGACCUCAUCUUCAACAGGGGGUCUUGGCUGUGUACAACGCCUCCUAUAUUAUUUACUCCUCUCUUGGACGGAUCCCUUCUUUUCCAAAACACACACGGAGACGUUAUUAGCAUGUGUGACGUGUGUCCACUGGGGGUUACGGUAGGCGUGUCUGACAUUUAUCAGCCCUGUCAUGUCUCUCUCUUUUUCCUUCCGUCUCAUACAUGGAAAGAUAAACAUGUCCAACACAGAGAGUGGCUGUGAUGGAUCUUGAUCCUGCACAAUUGGAGAGGGGGAAAAAAUUCAUAAUCUUAACCUUUUCACAAAGUUCACAUCACAUCACUGACAGGGGGCACGUGAAAUCAAAUGUGAAUGGUUCACUGGGCAUUAAAUGAUUUAAAAGGAUGAUGAUGCUCAGAAACCAGGUUCAUGAAUAAUACUCUCUCACUGCUCUGGUGUACUACAUCUAGCUAGCAAUGCCACGUUGAAUACUAUUUUCAUCCUCAGGUCUAGUAUUAGUCAUAAAUGUAAAUUGGUGUACGUGGAAUAAACCUAAAUCUGGGAUCAGGGAUAAGCCUGUAAAUGCAAUACCUAACCUCCUGUCUGCUGUAAUUGAGGGGGUGGUAGAGCAGCACUGAGCCAUUAAACUACCCUUCGCCCUGCAGGCGACAGAGAAAAACAGCCCUAUAAAACACAAUCAAAGCCCUAAGCUCGUCCCCUAACACUGACUUGUUGUAGCUGCUAAUUUUCUUGAGCCAGUCAACGCCUAUAAAGGAAAAUCCCCCAGGAUUCCACAGGGACCUGCAGCAUUCGUUCACUACACUGGGAGUUUGUGCCUGUGUCUUAAGUGGCCCAUUUUACACCACCAAUGGGAGCUGACAGCUUUAUGAGGAGACCAAUCAAAGCUGCCUCACACAAGCCUGUGGCGAGGAGGUGGGGAUUCGGGGCUAGAGCGGGCAAGGGGGCAUUUUAUGGUCAGCAGCACAGUUUGGCACGGGCAGUACCUCAAUGCCAUCCACAGGCUUGAUAAUAGUCUAAUGUUCCCAUUUUGUUUAAAAACGGGCAAUUAACUGUUACAAGCAAUUCCUGUUUAGACUAUAAACACACUGCUGUGAUUACUAGUGCCUCCAUGGUCUCAGUAUGUGUUCUGACUGGUGGAAAAUGAAGCAUCAGUUGAAGGUGGGAUGGUGUUGAGGAUGUUGAGUCAGAUCAGGACAAGUCCUUGGAAAACUGUCAGUACUGUGCACCCUGCUAUUUCCUGAACCUAUUUUACCUGAGGGAUGGGAGGAACUGAUUGUUAUGUUAUCUUCCCUUUCAUAUUCUACAUUGUCCCCCCAUUCCCCUCCUCUAACUCCAUCUCUCUCUUUUCUCCAGGACAUACUGGACGCUUCAUCAAGGCUCUGUUCUGCACCAGUCUUCUCUUCCUGCUAGCCCAUGUCUCCUUCCAGAUCUGCCUGUACACUAUCCCUGACCUGGACCAUGCACUGGGACACAACUGUGAGUGAAUAUAGACGUCUUUGCCAAAGGCUAUUUCGUUGUCAUAUUUUCAGUCAGCAUUUCUAAACAAUGGCCUGUGCCAUUCAUAAGUGGCUUGUUUAGGUUAAAUGAAUCACUGAGACCACGUGUCAAACUCAUUCCAGGGUCGAGUGUCUGCGGGUUUUCGCUCCUCCCUUGUACUUGAUUGAUGAAUUAAGGUCACUGAUUAGUAAGGAACUCCCCUCACCUGGUUGUCUAGGUCUUCAUUGAAAGGAAAAACCCAGAACCAGCAGACACUAGGCCCUCCAUGGAAUGAGUUUGACACCCUUGACUUAGACUAAAGAAACUCCAUGAAAUCAUAGCUUCUACCUCUGAUUUAUUUGGACAUGUUAAGUCCAGCUCUCUUCCCGCUCAGUCUAUUACUCUGUCAUUAGCCACCAGCGUGGAAUACUAUCAGGGAUGCUUGUGAAUGCUCCAUGCUUACAACCUUCUGACUGUAGAAUAUGUGGAUUUUAUUUUGUGGUCUGGACUUAUUUUGGCCUGCCCCAAUAAACAUGUCCUCAAGGAGCUUUAAUAGCUAAAGCAGUAUUCUUUGAUGUCAUAUUAUUUUCUUCUCUGGACCAUGUGAGUUAGUCCACCAUGCUGACUCCAGCUUCAGUCUGUCCAUGCCUGGGCUCCUCACAAACCCAUUCAAAUACCGACACAUUGGCUUACUCCUAGUAAUACUGGAGGCUCAUGGGAACAUCUAUGGUAGCUGCAGCUGUAUGCUAUGUUGUAGUUGUUCUCUAGAGUCUAGACCUGGUAUGACCUUUCCUGCCCCUAAACAACACUCCAUGGCAGAGACCGAGUGGCCUGGGGAGAGUUGGUAGUCCUAACACUCUCUGUCUUUACAGGUAGCUUGUGGGAGACGCUAUCGAGGCAUGUUGGUGUAUCCAGGUAUGUGAGGAAUGUUUGGAAAAAGCACAUUGUGUCUGUGUAUCUUGUCACUGAGGAUCAUCCCUCUCUGAACUGUGUGGAGAUCAGUUACUGUUAUCUGCAGAAUGUUCACUCUUACAUCUCUUUUUGUUAUUUCUGUUUGUUCUUUAUUGUCUUUGUUGUACGUGUGUGAGAAUGUACACUUGUAGUUCUUUGAUGACCUUUGACCCCUGCAUGUGGCUCUGUCUUCUAGGCUGCCCCUGGAUGACGUGUGGAGUGUGGUGCAUCUGCUGACCCCUGACCUGGGGGUGUUUGUGAUCUCCCUGGUUACCCUGGUGGUGUGUAACCGGCUGGUCAAGAAGAGAGAUGACGUCACUGUCCUGCCCGUAGCCUCAGACUCCACACAGGGGGUGAAUGGUUUUCUGCUCUAUAGACACAGACUGGGCUUCACCGCUAUGCUGCUAUUAAUAUGGGACAUCCACUCUUUAUACCAGUCUAUAUGUAUGGAAUCCGAAAGGCAAUGAAAGUGUUCAAUCAUUUUUGAAAACAUUCUGUAGAGUAUUAUGGCUCUCCUCUAGUGUGAGAAUGUAUAGAAAUAGUGAAUCUCCUAUUCAAGUGGCAUUAAAGUCCUUCUCGAGCUAUGUACACUAGGGCUGCACAAUAUGGGCAAAAAAUCUAAUUGCAAUUUUUUCUUUUUUUACCAAAUAUUGUGAUUUGACUUGCGAUAUAGGGCCUAGAUCAAAACACUUGGGUGAACUGUUGGAAUCGUAGAAAUAGAAUGAUUUACAGUGAGGGGAAAAAAGUAUUUGAUCCCCUGCUGAUUUUGUACAUUUGCCCACUGACAAAGAAAUGAUCAGUCUAUAAUUUUAAUGGUAGGUUUAUUUGAACAGUGAGAGACGGAAUAACAACAAAAACAUCCAGAAAAACGCAUGCCAAAAAUGUUAUAAAUUGAUUUGCAUUUUAAUGAGGGAAAUAAGUAUUUGACCCCUCUGCAAAACAUGAUUUAGUACUUGGUGGCAAAACCCUUGUUGGCAAUCACAGAGGUCAGACGUUUCUUGUAGUUGGCCACCAGGUUUGCACACAUCUCAGGAAAGAUUUUGUCCCACUCCUCUUUGCAGAUCUUCUCCAAGUCAUUAAGGUUUCGAGGCUGACGUUUGGCAACUCGAACCUUCAGCUCCAUCCACAGAUUUUCUAUGGGAUUAAGGUCUGGAGACUGGCUAGGCCACUCCAGGACCUUAAUGUGCUUCUUCUUGAGCCACUCCUUUGUUGCCUUGGCCGUGUGUUUUGGGUCAUUGUCAUGCUGGAAUACCCACCCACGACCCAUUUUAUAUGCCCUGGCUGAGGGAAGGAGGUUCUCACUCAAGAUUUGACGGUACAUGGCCCCGUCCAUCGUCCCUUUGAUGCGGUGAAGUUGUCCUGUCCCCUUAGCAGAAAAACACCCCCAAAGCAUAAUGUUUCCACCUCCAUGUUUGAUGGUGGGGAUGGUGUUCUUGGGGUCAUAGAAAGCAUUCCUCCUCCUCCAAACACGGCGAGUUGAGUUGAUGCCAAAGAGCUCAAUUUUGGUCUCAUCUGACCACAACACUUUCACCCAGUUCUCCUCUGAAUCAUUCAGAUGUCAUUGGCAAACUUCAGACGGGCAUGUAUAUGUGCUUUCUUGAGCAGGGGGACCUUGCGGGCACUGCAGGAUUUCAGUCCUUCACGGCAUAGUGUGUUACCAAUUGUUUUCUUGGUGACUAUGGUCCCAGCUGCCUUGAGAUCAUUGACAAGAUCCUCCCGUCUAGUUCUGGGCUGAUUCCUCACCGUUCUCAUGAUCAUUGCAACUCCACAAGGUGAGAUCUUGCAUGGAGCCCCAGGCCGAGGGAGAUUGACAGUUAUUUUGUGUUUCUUCCAUUUGCGAAUAAUCACACCAACUGUUGUCACCUUCUCACCAAGCUGCUUGGCGAUGGUCUUGUAGCCCAUUCCAGCCUUGUGUAGGUCUACAAUCUUGUCCCUGACAUCCUUGGAGAGCUCUUUGGUCUUGGCCAUGGUGGAGAGUUUGGAAUCUGAUUGAUUGAUUGCUUCUGUGGACAGGUGUCUUUUAUACAGGUAACAAGCUGAGAUUAGGAGCACUCCCUUUAAGAGUGUGCUCCUAAUCUCAGCUCGUUACCUGUAUACAAGACACCUGGGAGCCAGAAAUCUUUCUGAUUGAGAGGGGGUCAAAUACUUAUUUCCCUCAUUAAAAUGCAAAUCAAUUUCUAACAUUUUUGACAUGCGUUUUUUCUGGAUUUUUUUGUUGUUAUUCUGUCUCUCACUGUUCAAAUAAACCUACCAUUAAAAUUAUAGACGGAUCAUAAAUCUCAACGAUUUAAGUGGCCCCAUCACUGCCUUAGAGGAUGUCUGCUGGUCCUUGCGAGAAAACAGCCAGCAUGAUUUUACACCCGCCAGCUUUCGACAGUGGCGGUGUUCUGGAUCAACUCAGCACAGACGAUUUGGUUGUUACCAAAAUUUCUAUUUGGUUUAUCUGACAUUGCACAUUCCCCAAUCCUUUCUGGAUCAUCCAAAUGCACUUAGUAAACUUCAAACGCGGCCAUGAACAUUGUACUGGCUCCUAAGCAAGGAGGGACACGUUGGCACGAAGGAUUUGGUCACCAUGGCCAGGACUAACAGUGUUCUGCAUGGUAGCUUGUUAAUGGGUCCCAGCUCACUGCAGGUAUUCACUAGGUCCCCCGUGUGUUUUGGAUUUUUGCUCAAGUCGAUAAUUUUAUGACCCACGGGUGGGAUUUGGUGGAGCCCAUCCGAGUGCCUUCAGUGGGCUGGCAUGUCCUCCCAUUUCCUAAUAAUAGCUCCCAAGUUUUUCUGUCUCUCACUGUUCAAAUAAACCUACCAUUAAAAUUAUAGACGGCUCAUUUCUUUGUCAGUGGGCAAACGUACAAAAUCAGCAGGGGAUCAAAUACUUUUUUCCCUCACUGUAUAUUUAAAAGCAUCAGCAUCAUUCUUGUUUGGAACCAUCUGUUGACAGCAUUUGACUUAACAGAACAGCAUGCAAACAUUUAGUGGAUCUAACAGCGAGGAGGAGGAACUGUGCUGCUUGACUGACGGGGCGGGCUUGGUCUGUGACGCGUUUGAGUGGCGUUUCAAAAUAUUGCAUGCGAUAUGAAUCUUUGCGAUAUGGAUUUCGAUGUGAAUUUGAUUAAUUGUGCAGCCCUAACACGCACACACACCUUUCUCAUGCGAGUGCUAGGUACAUUACCCCAGAAACACUUGUAUGGUAAUACUCCAAGCCAUAUAUAGAGUAGUGGGAAUGGUCUUGUGUUGCGAAUCACAGAGUCACAAACAACAGUGUCCCUGGCUUCCACUACUCAGGAAAUGGAAGUUGCUGAGUCACUGCUUCAUCGGCUGCUAUAUAUAAUGGAACUUUAGAAUGAUACAUUCUUAUGGAACGUUAUGGCGCCCCAUGGCUCUGAUUAAAGAGGAGGGUUAUGGCUGAGGUCUCUCUGAUCACUGCCUCUGAGCUGGGCUGGCCAUGUCCGCCUCACCCACGCGCUUGCCUCAAGCCCUUCCACACGGUUCAUAUUAACUUCAUGUUUUGUGCACAACCGUUUCUUAAGUUAAAUAAUUAUUUAGUAACAAACAUAUUUGUGUAUAAUUACUUCGCUUGAAUCAUAUUCCAAAAUUGCAGAAUAAAUAUGACAUCACGUUCAGAAUAGUCACAGAAUCUAAGCUCACAAGACGCACAACCGCAUGCCUCCAUGAAAGGCUAUCUUUGUUUUGAUGCAGCCAGAUACUGCUGAUAGCACUGUUGUGCAAGCACUGCUAGUAUGAACAGAUUCACCUACUGUCAGCCUAUGAGCAAGAGGACAUACAGAUACUGGAUGGCAGCAUUAUUCUCUAUGGAACUGUAUCUUAACGUGAAACAGUGUUGUGGUAUGCUACAGUAGUUUAGUUUUACUGUGGUGUGUUGGUGUUUGUUGUGGUGUUACUGGGGCAGAGAGCGACACAGUGAGGUAAUGGGGAGGUUCCCUCAGGCCUGGUGCUGGUGACAGAGGUAGCUAUUGUUCUACCAGCUGAGUUGGUUUCCGGCUCUGCUUCGCAGUGUGGGAGGCUAGCCCUGCCUGAGCCUGCCUGGGAGAGAGAGGGGCUCCCCAGACGUAAUGCUGCCUCCUACCCAUGGGCCUCUCUCUCUCACACCACACACACACACACACACACACACACACACACACACACACACACACACACACACACACACACACACACACACACACACACACACACAGACAGACACAGAGGUUUCACCAGUCAGUCUAUUAGUGGAAGCUUUUCUCUUCCCUUUGUUGCUGACAGUCUCGACUGCUCUUCACUCUCCAGCCUAUGUUGUACUUUCACUCUCAUUUUUCUCUCUCUCUCCCUCUUUUCUUUCUUUCUGUUGACUUACACCAUCUGAGCACACUCCCUGUACAGCUGCCAAGAGCGCAACAGCUUUCUGCUCGUAGCCAGGGCAACCACCCAAACAAACAUAGCCUGCCCCAAUCUGUGUCAAAAAAGGAAAAACGGACCCUGACUCGAUCAAUUAACAAACACAACCAAACUGCUCUUGAGCCUCUUGUGUCCACUCUCUGACAAGAACCUAUUACAUAGCUACAAUUGGCAACCCUUUUUUUCAACAAUUUCUCAAGUUUUGUUCUUCAUUAAGAGAACAGUCUGUUCUCCUGUCUUUCCUCUCUCUGUUAAAUCUGUAUGUCAGUCAGAAUGUUCCUGCAUACUGUAUUCUUUGCUUCAGAAGUGCUGUGCUGAUUGAGGCAGCACUCUGACGAUUGAUUGCCAUGUGUUGACUGAAUGCCAUGGGUUGCCCCUCUGCUCCUCUCAGACAAUAUGUCGUUCAGACAGACGCCCACUAAGGCUGAGCCCUGCCAUUGGGUGCACUGCAGUUCUCCCUGACUGUACAUGACUCAACAUCAAUUGAGCAGCGCUCUCCUAUCCCACAGUUUCAGACCUGCACACACAUCAAAAACAACAUUCUCACAACAUCUCUGUCACGUUGUUGUAACGUUCCCACCGCAACGUUCUGCGGCUGUUCCUGUGUGUGGGAAUGAGCGGCUGCCUCCAGCCAGAGAGGCUGAGACAAUUGUCUUUGAUGUGGCCGGGACUGGCUGUGGAGCCUGGUGGUGUUCAGCUGGGGAGACGGGAGACUGUGUGUUUGUGAAGUGGGCAGUUUGGGCACAUCCUUUAACACAUACAGUAUACCUCACCCCACCCUCUCAUCAUACUGCACUCACUGUCCCUCUGGCUCACAUGGUUUCAAUCAGAACUACAUCUAAGGGAGGACAGGGGAGUCAGCAGUGGUUUGUCAGUAACAUAAACUUUUGUAGAGGAGGAUUAGUCUUCAUGAAAACCCCAAGCAUACUCCAUGUGCAGCUCCAAAAACAGAAUCACAUUAGGUUGUACAUGUGGCUAACCCUUGACCCUGUCCCCCCUGUUGAUCCGGGGUGUGUGGGAGAGAUGGUGUGCGGGUGACAGGUUGUGUAUGUGUGUGAGGGAUGGUGUAGUAAAGGGAUGAUGUACUAUAUGUGUGUGACAGGUUGGUGUGUGUGAGGAAUGCCAGCCCUCUUAGCCCACCCAAAGCGGGAUUCCUCAGUAAUGAGACUCCCGUGGUCAGUGGUUGACUUCACACGCUGGGGGUGUAAACGACUCCCCUGGAACAGGUCACACUGGGAGGAGGCUGGAGUCAUGAAGGCCAGGCAGUCAUCAGAGCAGCAGUAUAGACCACAGAGGAGCCACUGGACGGUCAGGAGAAGAGAGGAGACAUAAUGGAGGGAAAUAGGGAUGGGUGUGAGGGAAAGAGAGGGAGUGUAUAACAGAUGGAGCGAGAGAGAGAGGUGUGGGAGUGUCGGCGGCAGGGAAUUAUGUUGUUGAUGAUCUCUUGGGAGGAACCCUAGAUGAAGGAAUGUUCUGGGUGCUUGACCUGUCUGCCUCUAACAACACUUCCCCUAGACAAUCAUAAGACCUCGCUAGAAGGAUAGAGAGGCGUCUGAAAGAAGGGAAAAGUUAGUGAGAGGCAAGCAUCUGUCUAGAGAGAUACUUCUGGUCAUAGGAUGAGAGAGAAACUGUAUUAAUAAAACAUGAGGGAGAGGGGGGACGAAAGAGGCCUACUUUCCUUUUAUCUGUCUUUUGAUGAUUCUACCACUGAGCAGUCAGCAGCACACAGAUUAACCCUAAUGCUCUAGGUUAAACAGAAGACUACAGGGACUCCAGGUAAUUGGACUACCACACACUGCCUCUUAUGUACAGUAUUCCAUCAUCGAGAAUAAUGUUGCUGAUGCUUAAGAUAGUACACUCUUAGAAGAACAUGCAUUAUCUAGAACCUAAAACGGUUCUUCGGCUGUCCCCAUAGGAGAACCCUUUGAAGAACCCUUUUUGGUUUCAGGUAGAACCCUUUUGGUUUCCAUGUAAAAACCUUUCCACAGAGGGUUCUACCUGGAACCAAAAAGGGUUCUCCUAUGGGUACAGCCGAAUAACCCUUUUGGAACCCUUUUUUCUAAGAGUGUAUGGGCACACUGGCUAACUGGUAGUUGAGAUGUGUUUAGGUGCAGGGUUUCUAAGCACAUGAUGAGACUAUAGAGAUGUUUGUCAGGGAGUUUCCCCUUUCCUCUAUUCCACACAUCAAUAGUUAUCUUUCUCUUCCCAGACUCAAACACAGCAUUAUAAUCUCUGUCUCCUACUGCCUGUUAUUCCAUUUGGGACUGUAACGGAGUGAGACAGCCGAUGGCUGGUUGUCUCAUGCCAGCGAAGUCAACCAGUGAGAGCUUUAGAUAGCAGCGUUUAAUGAAACCACACACAACAAACGAGCCCAGAUUCUGAAGGAGAUUAUUAAAAAUCGUUAGUUCUGCUUAAGUAUUAGGACUUUACAUUUAAUUCAUUCGGAGAAAGAAAGUAAAUCAGGUUAUGAAGCAUUUACAUUUCUUAAUGGUGGAAAAAUAUUUUACAUUUAUAUUUUCAAGUGUCACACUAACCUUUUUAUAGUGACAUGCUAACCCAAUCUCUUGUGACCUAUGAAAUGAAUCCUGGUGUCCUGAACCGUAUUCAAUGACACAGAAUCUUAUGGAGCAGAUAGAUACCAUGUUUGAGACUCUACCCUCUGGUUGGUUGGUUGAUGGAUUUUUCUAUUGCAUCUUUUCAUGACCCUCAUGAUAAUCAAUGUCACACAUGUACUUACAGUACAGUACAGUACAAACACAAAUACACGCAUACACAUUAAGGUUAGGAGCAGUGGACAGACAGGAUGCCAGGCCAAGUUGAUUUACGAGGGGAAACAGUGGAAUUAGUUAUAUGCGCAACAGGACGUGACUACUCAGGCCAAGGGAAUAACCAGGGUCGAAUUGUGGCAACAGAUGCCACCUGUUGUUGGCACAUUAAUGUGAUGUGACAGAUGAGGUGCCGGGCAUGUUUGUAAAGCUAUGUUAUAAAUCCCUAUCACAGUAUUAGCCCACCCAGGCCCAGUGUUGUGUUAUCCCCCUGCGACUGGGGUGCUGAUCAGGGAGGGAUGUGAAUGAUACUGUGACCUCAGUAUCAUGUGACUAAUGUCCCAGUUACAUCUGGCCCUCUGACACACUCCUGUCAGUGAUGCCAAUACAUUUACCACAUCAUUCACAGUGUCAGAGGGAAAUGACAGCUAUGCACCCUUAGGGCAUGCUCUUAGCAGUUUGCGGAAUGAACUAUGAAUCCCCCUCUCGUUCUCGCACGUUGGUACAGUGCGCCAACCUAACACCUGUGACUGACAGGUGGUUUCCUCCACACCCCAUUAGAUCUGUCUCUCCUGAUAACCUGAGGUUAGAGUGACAGUAAGGCCACUCUGUUGUGCUCUGGGCUCUGUCGUCUCGUUUGUGUACUCAUCCUCUCAGUGGGAACAUUCUCCGUCAUGGCCGCCGGUCUAGGCCAAGAUGCCUCCGGACCGCUACUGAGAAAAGUGACACUGCCAAAAAGAAGAAAAGACUGACCGUACAUAGGUCACCAUGGUAACAACACAGAACCUGGUAAACAGUCUCACAGAUUCGUUUUAUAAGACUUCCCAUGACACACCUGAUUUCUCCAGAUUCGUCACAAAGGGCACAUCAACUUUGUGUUUUUGAGGGGUUUGCUUGGCAGGUCUCUACAUAAAAAUAGGUUGUAAAAUUGAAGACACUUUUAUUGACUAUUGCGCCAUAAAAGCAUAACAUUGUUACCAGCCUGUCCAGGCAUAUUACGUUUGUAACUAUGUUAUCAUUUCUGUAAUUUGUGUUUAUAAUCUUAUCUGUGGUGCCAGUCUUUUUCCCUAAGCUGGAACAGACACUGUAUGCUUUCCUCUGGCCAACUCUGGGACUCUAGUGUGUAAAGGAUAGUAAUGAACAUAGUGCCCCAGUCAGAAAGUGAUCCCUAUGAGUGUGUAAUGUGCCAUGUCAGUUUUACCUUUUACAAUGUUGAUCUACUGCAUGUACGUAACUAUAGAUAACUUGAAUAGUGUUGCGUAUGUAUGGCUGAUGGUUAUUCUUUGUGCCAGGUUCUUGUCAUAGAAGUUAAGUGCUCUUGAUAAUGGGAUACAGAUAGCGUUGGAUCUGAGAUUUACAGUACUGUUGACAUUACACUUUAUUGAAGUAUUUGUUCUCAUAAGUUUUAUUGUGCAAUUGCUGCUGGCUUUGUGCCUACAGGGCUCCCUUGCUAAAUAGUCCUUGGUCUCAAUGGGACUCCCUGCUUAAAUAAAGGUUAAAUAAAAACAUUUAUGAAUUAGAUUUACGAAUAUCAGUUUACAUUUGGCUCAUUGGUUCUUUCCAGACAGAGGAUGGGUCGGAGACAAAGGAGGGUGAAGAGGAGGAGGAGGAGGAGGAAGAGGAGGGAGAUGAGGAAGGCAUGUCGUCUCCCAGUGAUCCUGGGGAAUGCCGUGGUUUCCGCGGCAACUCGUGCCAAGCAGCUGGCGGCCCGGCUCCGAGCCACAGCCCAGAAGGUCCUGAGGGACCUGGGCCGGAUCCUGGCCAUCACCCUGCUGGCCCUGGCUGGUGAGAACUGGAGGGAGGAGAGGGUAGGGUGGAGUGGAGUCAAGGGAAUAACCCCUGUUUACUGCUUCAUUAUAAAAGGAAAUUAAUAUACUGGUAAUAGUUGAUUUAUUUGUGAAAUAAAUCUUAAAUAAUUCUACACAUUUUGGGUGGAGAGAAAUGUUUGCCGUUUUUAAUAUGAUAUCUGAGUGAGACUGACUAACAAAAUCAAUGGGGCCCCCACGGGGUCUAAUUCGACCUUGAUUGCUAAAAGUUUACAUAGCUGGCCACUAGACAAAUUUACCAAUAAAAAUUUUUUGCUGACAUGGGCUAAUUGAGUUACUAGCAGUGGCUGACAUAACAAGAGAAAAACUGUUGAUGCACAACCAAAUUUCUAAAUUGCUUCUUUUGUAUUCUACUAUUCUACCUCACAACAGUAAGUUGAGACCCUGACUGAGUUCCCCCAAAAAUGUAAUGUAUUUUUAUUUGUAGGGGGAACAUUGAUCUGAGGGCCUUCAAAGGGUGGCGGGCCAUGGCCACCAGUUACCCAUCCCUGCAUUAAAGUAUGGGGGAACUGCUUGAAGAUAUCCAUGUAUGGUUUGUUGUUUUUGAGAGACGACGUGCAUUAUUGUUGUAUUGUGUUGAUAAAGUCCCUCGCCUAUAUCUCUGUUCCCCAGGCAUCACGUUACCCUCGGCCUUCUCUGCAAUCUACUUCCUGCUGUUCAUCGGCGUGUGCACAUGGUGGGCCUGCCACUUUCCCAUCAGCCACCUAGGCUUCAACGUGCUGUGUGUGAUGGUGGGCUUUUUCACGGCGGGCCACCUGGUGUGUCUCUACUUGUACCAGUGCCCCAUUGCCCAGGGCAUCUUGCCCCCUGCCAGCCUGUGGGCCAGGUCAGUGCCCCUCCCCACCGCUAGUGAAAUAAGUCAUUCUAUUCCGUUUUAGUCAUUGUAUUUCAUGUCUCUAGUACCUACCCAGCUUUACUUUUCACAGGGACUGGCAGCAGCCAUAGCGAUGCUCCUGGUUGGCACACUACCUCAAGAUUAUGAUUCAAACAUUGAUUCAGAAGUGAUUUGUACACUGACUCCUUGGCUCACAAGCUUCUGAAACAUAUAAUCUUUUUGGGGUUGUGAUUUUGUUGAGACAGUUGCAGACUGCACUCUUACUUAACAGCAGAUGAGUGGAACUGAGACAGUUCUCAGUUUUGUUUCAUAGUUCUCAGAAUUGAAGGAGGGGGAAAAGGAAUGGAGUGAAAUGAGAGGGGAGGAGUGAGACUGAAAGCUAUGUGAGGAAAUACUAGCAAGUUGUUUUUGGAAUAUUACCAAAUGCCCCCCCCCCCCAUUCGUCUCAUUCUCUCUUACACCUGGGAUGUGAUACAGGGUGGUGGGGUGGGGGUGAUGAAGCCGUUCUGUAGCAUUCCAUCUCGGAGUCUCAGGGUUUUGGCAUAGGAUGCUUAAGAGAGAUAGAGGGGGGGGAUAGAGGGGGAGAUAUAUAAUAUAUAAUAUGUACUGCUGUUAUCAAGGCCUCCCAGGUGGAGACACCUGUGAUCUUUCUUUCGCUCUCUCCUUCUUUAUCUUCACCUCUCUACCUCUGGCUCUUAGCCACGCUCAGCAAUCAACAUUAGAAGUCAGUUCCAGCCCACAAAUAUAACCUGAAACUAUAAUCAAUGGGUGUCAUGGCAGGGUGAACCCAGGGCUAAACUGUGCAAUAAAGUUUACAUCAUCUGAUGACGUUUCACAGAGAAACCAUGUUUCCUAAACUCAACCCCAUAUGCAGGCUUCUGUUACAUUCCCUCUCACCUCUUCUCAAUCCCAGACUGUUUGGCCUCAAGGAUAUCGUCAAACCUGGCAACUGCUCCGCCUCCUAUGACCUCAUCUUCAACACGGAGCAUGAUUGGCCUGUGUAUGUCAACCCCGGGAUCCUGCUUCUCCUGUACAUCACCAUGGCAAUGGUCCUGAAGAUCAGCAGCCACCAUAGAUCAGCUGACAAGGUACUGACAUCAGCACUCAAAGGCAUGAAACAUACUUGUCUGUCUUGAUUGACAUGUGCUGCUUACUGAAUCAGUACUUGCUUAUAUGACAGGGUGAGGAGGGGGCCCAGCUGGUCAAAGGAACAGAGGCUGGAGGAGGAGAGGAGGUGGAACUGAAGCCCUGGUCCGCUCAGAGACGACCCAGCCAGGACGACACUGAGGUGAGCAUGAGAUACCUGAUUGCACCCCUGCCCUGCUCCAUGCUGUCCAAUGCACUACUAUCCGCCAUUCUAUGACUGUGUGUUGGUGUUGUUUAUAAAGGUGUGAUGUGUAUGUGUUCCAGCACAUGCUUCUGUCUAUUGGGGAGUCUAUGGAGAGCACAGGAGAUGGCGUCACCAAUGGCUCCAGUCAUCAGGACUUGGGCCCAGGGCUCAGUAGCGCCCCUGAUGGACAGCAUGGGGACCACCCUCUGCACCUGCUGGGUAGAGUGGUCAUGCAGCAGAGCUACGUGUGUGCUCUCAUCGCCAUGAUGGUAACACUGAACUCUUAUUCACAUUCUAAAUGUAUCCUCUCUAUGAGCGCCAUUGGUAUAUUAGGCUAUGUUCCAAGUGAGGGUAUGUCGUGUCUUACCUGAACUCCAUCUCCCAUGAUGCCCCCCUGCAGGUGUGGAGCAUCACCUACCACAGCUGGCUGACGUUUGUGCUGCUGCUGUGGGCGUGUCUGAUCUGGAUGAUGCGUGCGAGGCGCCACUUCGCCACGCUGUGCUCUCCCUUCAUCCUGCUCUACGGCCUGGCCCUCUGCUUCCUGCAGUACGUCUGGGCCAUGGAGCUGCAGCCGGAGCUGCCCCGUACCGUGGGCACCAUGAGCCUCAGGCAGCUGGGUCUGGACCGAGCCCAGUACCCCUGCCUCCGCCUGGGGGCCAUGGUGAGGAGAGAGGGGGUAGGGGUGGAGGGGACCGGGUCAGCAGUGGCACAGAGGCUCUGGGAAAUGUCAAUGAAUGCAGCCUGUUAAGUGCCUACAGGAAAUUGAUAUUGCAGUAAUCUGUAUUCUGAAGACUGUAGUGCUGUUAUAAACAUGUCCCCAAGAUAUUAUUUAGUGCAUACCUGAAAAGUUCACCCACUCAACAAGUAUUUUGGGUAAAACAUGCCUGUCACAUAUGCUCUUUUGGCUAUUUAACAGUAUAUGCUCAUACUUUCCAUAUGAUUUAAAGCUGUGAGAAAGGCACUUAAAAGUGCGGUCCUGCAGUCAAUCUCCCAAACAGUGUCAAGACUGUACUCCAAUGGUGGCUAAUUUCACAUCUCUCUUCUCCCUCUGUCUGUUUUGUUGAUCCUGUCAGCUGCUGUACACACUGACGUUCUGGCUGCUCCUGCGCCAGUCAGUGAAGGACAACUUCAGCAGGAAGAAGAGCAGGUCUGCCCCUCUACAGGAGGUCACCACUGGAGGUGAGAGGGACCACUUCUGAUUCACACACUCUCUACACAAUAAAGUACUUCACGAAAGUUAUGAAGUUCCCAGGUGUGUGCUUUAGUAUGGUCUGGCCCAGUAACAUUCUCUCCCACUGUCUACAUUUUACAUUUGAGUCAUUUAGCAGACACUCUUAUCCAGAGCGACUUACAGUAAUGAGUGCAUACAUUUUCAUACUGACUGUGAAUCAUGUGUACCCUACAGUAUGGCAGUGUCUUCAGUUCAGUUUGGUUAGUAACAAGGUGUUCUUCUCCCUUCGGGUCCACAGAGGAGAGCGGGCGGAACGAGUCGGUUCUGAAGUUUGUGGGCAGACUGGUGAUGAGCUGCUAUGCCAAGUACUGGAUCUACGUGUGUGGAGGCAUGUUCAUCAUGGUCAGCUUCGCUGGCAAGCUGGUGGGCUACAAGAUCAUCUACAUGCUGCUCUUCCUGCUUUGCCUCUGUCUCUACCAGGUAUGUAGGGACCAUCAGUCCAGGGGUCACACUCUAAAGUCCUUUAAACUAUGACCCCAUCCUGAACUCCUUGUGAUUUCCAUAUUACAAUACUAUAAUACUACUCCCGAGUGGCGCAGCGGUCUAAAGCAGACCCUGGUUCGAUUCCAGGCUGUAUCACAAUCGGCCGUGAUUGGGAGUCCCAUAGGGCGGCGCACAAUUGGCCCAGCGUCGUCCGGGUUUGGCCGGUGUAGGCCGUCAUUGUAAAUAAGAAUUUGUUCUUAACUGGCUUGCCUAGUUAAAUAAAGGUUAAAUAAAUAUUACAAUACUACUUUAUUGGUCCAACUGCUACUUCGUACAUGUGUUUUCUCCUCUGCUCUGCUCUCAACCCUCCACACAACAUACAAGCAUGAGAGUAACACAGGGUUAGCCAAAGUGCAGCACACAACAAACUGGUUUUAUAUGGCAAAUUGCCCCUGGUCGCACUGGGGAUAACUCCAUUACCUCGAUUUGACCUGUGGUCAAACUGACUGGUCAUUGACAUUUUAAUGAAUGUUGUUGUUGUCCACCCCCACCGUCACUGUCACUGUUACUGUGACCCUAUACCCUCAGGUGUACUACUCUCUGUGGAGGAGGCUGCUAAAGGCCUUCUGGUGGCUGGUAGUGGCCUACACCAUGCUGGUGCUCAUCACCAUCUAUACCUUCCAGUUUGAGGACUUCCCUGCCUACUGGAAGAACUUCACCGGCUUCACUGAACAGCAGUACGUUCCCCCCACCUCACUGUGUGGUCAAGACUAUUACACACUUUCUUAUUAGGUUUCUCAUUAUGUUUGAUGAUGAAGUGGCCUAUAUUAACAUCAAUCUGGGUUCAAGGAUGUGGUUUUUACUGAUUUAAUCAGGAAUUCCUAAAUAUCAUCAAUUUCCACACCAAUAUCUAGUUUUUCCAGAUUUCCUACGUUGUCCUGAUCACUGCCAUCUGGGUUUGAGGUGUACUAUGAGUACAGUAGAAACCUCUGGAAAUUGAAGCGAGUCCUGCACCUCUGUCUCCCUGCAGGCUGGCUGACAUCGGCCUGGAGACCUUUAAGCUGACCGAGUUGUUCACCAGCAUCCUGAUCCCAGGCUUCUUCCUGCUGGCCUGCAUCCUGCAGCUUCACUACUUUCACAGACCCUUCAUGAGGAUCACAGACCUGGACCACGUCACGCCCAUACACGGGUACGCUCGUCUCAGGCUCCUCCCACACAGUAUGACUCACUGCCGGACAGAGGAUAAUAGAUAACGUCCUCGUCAAAAGUCCAUGUAAUAACGUCCAUAGUAAAUGAGUUCAGUUGUGUGCUGUCCAUCUCAUUUAAUAUCACUGCCAGAGAAAGCCAUUGUCCACCUGCAGAAACAAUAUCCUAUAUGAUGACACUAUUUUGAUCCCACAGGAAGAAGAAGAGCCACAGACCAGAGGUCCUCCGCUGUGCUGAUGGGGCUGUGUUUGAGGAGGAAGAUCUGGUGACAGAUCUGGGGGAUGACGAAUCAGAGGAUGAUGGUGGGCACAGAUGUUGUGGUAAUGUUGUUGAGCUUAAUGCAGAGUCUCCUGCAGCCCUUAAUACAAUAGAUUUGUAUAGUGCUUUUCUAGGACCCAAAGACUGCUUACAAUUGUACAAACAAAAACAGUACAAGGCAAGUGUUUCUGUAUAUGUGGCAUGUCUAUAAUGAUGUCUCGCUCUCUUUCUCUAUAUCUGCUGUACAGAGAUGAUGCCCAGUAAGUGGGGUUUGGUGGUGAACAGGCUGAUGGUUCUGUUCAGGAAGUUCUCUGACACACUGACCCAGAUCCAAGUGUUAAUCUGGAGGGUCCUGGAGCUGCACAUCCUCAAGAUGGUGGCCUUUUUUGUGGUCUGGGUGGCUCUGGGAGAGGUCAGUAGUCCACAGCAGUCAUCUGUUACAGUCUAUUAUGUACCGUGUGAAUUUGGAACCAAGACCUUAUCCCCCCCUCUUUUUCUGUCUUUCUCUUCUCUCUAUCUCUAUCUCUAUCUCUAUCUCUAUCUCUAUCUCUAUCUCUAUCUCUAUCUCUAUCUCUAUCUCUCUCUGUCUGUCUCAGCCGUCUGUGAUGAACCUGGUUCUGGUGGUGCUCUGGGCGUUUGCCAUGCCUUACUCCCGCUUCCGCCACAUGGCCUCCUGUCUGUCCACCGUCUGGGUCUGCAUCAUCAUCGUCUGCAAGAUGCUCUACCAGCUCAGCAUCGUGGACCCUGUCGAGUACACCAACAACUGCACUGUGGUGAGACACCAGUCUGGAAAGACACACACACACACAGUGGAGUACAGAUGAAUGUGUACAGAGCUAUGCUCUCUGUUUAUAUUGAUAGCGUUCUCACACACUCCUGCUGCCAGCGUUCUGCUGAGUGCACACUAUGCUAGUAUUUACCCCUGGUGAGAAGCGAAGACCUUGGUGCUAAUUACAGCCAGUUUCAUGUGUGAAUUCUGUUGACGUGUUUAGUCUCGCUGCUUUACGGCUGUUUAGAGAAGAACAGCCUUUUGUUUAGUUUUUCUGUGAUUUGCAGCGAGACAUUCUGGCUGCAGUUCCUCAGUCUCAUAUACACUCGCUCUCUCCACUUUCUUUCUUUCUUUCUUUCUUUCUCUCUCUCUCUCUCUCUCUCUCUCUCUCUCUCUCUCUCUCUCUCUCUCUCUCUCUCUCUCUCUCUCUCUCUCUCUCUCUGUCUCUGUCUCUGUCUUUCUCUCUCAAUUCAAUUUCAAUGUAAGGGCUUUAUUGGCAUGGGAAACAUAUGUUAACAUUGUCAAAGCAAGUGAAUUAGAUAGUAAACAAAAGUGAAAUAAACUCUCUCUCAUUUCUCUCUCUCUCUCGCUCUCUCAUUUCUCUCACUCUCUCUCCAUUGCGCUCUUUUUUUCCAUUAUAGCCCUUGGCCAAUGAAACCAAUCUGAAAGAUUCUGAGGUCCUGAACUCCACUCUGUACAGAGAGCCUGUAGACCCGGCCAACUGGUUUGGCUUCAGGAAGGAUGCCACCGUACUGGGCUAUAGCAAGGUGAGAUCAAUGCUCUUCGAUCUUGACGUCUCUCAAGGGGACAGUCUUUUACUGUGAUUAUAAAGUAAUGUUAUUGAGCUAUUUUCGUCGUCGUGAUAAUUUUUUUAUAUGUGUACUAGGCAGGGUUGGGGUCAAUUCCGUUUCAAUUCAGGAAGAACACUAAAAUUAUAAUUCUUCAAUGCUUUUCAAUGAGGAACAUUUUAAAAUUAGAAUUUUGUUUACUUUCUGAAUUGACUGGAAUUUAAAUGGAAUUGACCCCAACUUUGGUACUAGGUCAAAUAACAAUUGGACUGGACCUAGCUCAUGCUGUCUUGUUUGUGUCCUUCCAGAACCACCUGCUGGUGCUGAUGCUGCUGGUGUUUGAGGCCACAGUGAACCGCCACCAGGCCCACCACUACAGGCAGCAGCAGAGGUCCCCUCCCCUCAUCCCAGCCAUCUUCCCCCAGGCCACCAGAGACACCCUGGACCAGGGCCUGCUGGCCUGCAUCAAGUACCUACUCAACUACAGCUUCUACAAGUUUGGCCUGGAGGUAGGCCUCUUGCUGCUGUUUGGAGUUACUAUACAAAAGCAUGUUGGUGUAUUUCUCUAUACUUUUGGAUUCCUCUCAUAUCUUUCAUGUCUUUUUCUAUCCAUGUGUCAUUCCAAGAUCUGCUUCCUGAUGACGGUGAAUGUGAUUGGCCAGCGGAUGAACUUCCUAGUCAUAAUCCAUAGCUGUUGGCUGGUGACCAUCAUGGUACGGCGUCGCCGGGCGGCCAUCGCUCAGAUCUGGCCCAAAUACUGCCUGUUCCUCAGCAUCUUCAUGAUCUACCAGUACAUACUGUGUGUGGGCAUUCCCCCUGCACUCUGUAUAGGUGAGUGGGGAUCAUUAGUCUCCAUGUAUCUCCAUUGUUGCCAGCCUCCCAGUAGCUAUACAACAACAUCACCUUCUUUACCGACAGUACCUGACAGUGUAUCUCUCUCCCUCUAAAGACUACCCCUGGCGAUGGAACACCCCCAUCAUAAUCAACUCGGCGCUCAUCAAAUGGAUCUACCUGCCAGACUUCUACACCAUCCCCAACUCCAAGAACCUCAUUGGUGAGUCUCCUGCCUCAUCUGACCCCUGACCUCAGUGAUAUUGUGGCUUACUAACGCUACGACCUGUGCUUUGACUUUAAAAUAUCCUGGUCAUAGAUGCAUAAUAUCAAAAAUGGUUAAUUAGUAAUUUGAUGAUGAUGUGUUCCUCCUGUUUGAUGCUGAUGGUUGAGUCUGUAUCUGGUCCCUCCAGCGGACUUUGUCCUCCUGAUGUGUGCCUCCCAGCAGUGGAAGGUGUUUGAGGAUGAGAAGAGGGAGGAGUGGAUGGUUCUGGCUGGAGAGAACACAGACGACCCUAACCCCAUGGACGAUCGACCUUUCAAUCCUGCCCCCAACUUCAUCAACUGCAGGUACUGUAUGACCAAACACAGAGAACAACUGACCUAACAGCAGUUAUAACCACACUCAUCCUCUUCAUACCCUUCAGGCAUUAUUAUGAGGGGCAGGAGUUUUUCCUGACCAUGCGACCUGACCAGGGCACUAAUUAUUAUACAUCCUCAACUACGCCUACCAGUAUACAGUAUCAACAUUAACUAUCAUCUCUCUCUCCCCCUUUCCUCCAGGUGUUACCUGGACAUGGCCAAGGUGCUGGUGUUCCGUCACAUGUUCUGGUUUGUCUUGUCGGUGGUGUUUGUGACGGGGGCCACCAGGAUCAGUGUGUUCGGCCUGGGUUACCUGCUGGCCUGCUUCUUCUUCCUGCUCUUCGGCACCAAGCUGCUCAGGAAGCCCUCCCGCACGCGCCUGGUCAUGUGGGACUGCCUCAUCAUCUACAACGUGGCCGUAAUCAUCUCCAAGAACAUGCUGUCUGUGAGUGGCUAUGCACCUCGCUGUGGACAACCACAUACUGUAACCAUAAGCCUAUACAGGGUGGAAAUAAACGUUGUUAGGUGAACUGUUAUGUUUGUAUACAUUUACGUGAGAGUGUGUUGUGUCUCCAGAUCUUGGCCUGUGUGUUUGUGGUGGAGAUGCAGAAAAGUUUCUGCUGGGUGAUCCAACUCUUCAGUCUGGUCUGCACAGUCAAGGGCUACUACGACCGUGAGUACUCAACACAUAAAGAUAGAUACAGUUGUUUUAUCUCUGAGUGAACACAAGUCACCCUCCAAAUUGGCAGGAAAACAAUGAUUAUCAAGUCAUUUGUCUGAGCAUUAUAGAAUAACCAAAGCGGACUUUGUAUGCUUGUGUGUGUCUCCUACAGCUAAGCGUGUGAGUGAUAAGGCGUGUACUCUGCCUGUAGAGGAGGCAGGGAUCAUCUGGGACAGUAUCUGCUUCUUCUUCCUCCUGCUGCAGAGGAGAGUGUUCCUCAGCUGCUACUUCCUGCAUGUGACAGCCGACCUGCAGGCCUCUGCCCGCCAAGCCUCCCGGUGAGCACUGGUCUCCACAGCACCCCCUGGGGGGCACCCUAAGAGCCACGACAGUGCCCUGCAACUGCCACAGUGUUUUGAUAGACUCACGCUGAUACUGUUUUACUGUGUGUUCAGUCUGUAUAUACUGUAUGGAAACAUGUUGUGUUGACCUGCUGUUUGAUUGUGACAGGGGCUUUGAGCUGUUCAGGGCCAGCAUUGUGAAGAACAUGCGCUUCCACCAGGAAGUAGAGAAGAAGUCCCUCUCGCAGCUCAAGAGAUCGUGAGUAACCAUUAGAAAUGACCGCUUUCCAUGUUUUCAACACAUGGAGACAUUCCUCAUGUAUCAAGCCAAAACGGGCUAAUGAGAGAGACAGAUCUCAUAAGUAGCCCAUAGCCAGGAAUAGCCACUAGCCAGGCCAAUAAUCUCCCUCUGCACAUGUCUGAUGAAUGUGACAGCAGAUGGACUCUCUGGAAAACACAUGUCCAAAACCAAGAUGGUAGUGUGGUCAAGUGCCAUAUGUGACUGCUUAAUCAUAUACAACUAAUGUAGAAAACUGAGUAAAGAGAAGAAUGAGAGAUAGAGUGAUGACAUCAGAAUAUGUCUGCCCUUCCCCUCAGGAUGGAACGGAUCCGCUCCAAACAGGAGAAGUGUAAAGAGUGCCGUCGGAAGUCAGACACCAAGGCGGAUCCGGCAUCAGGUACUCAACUUCAUUACGCUAUACUGAUCCGGCAGGUAUGACAUUUUAGUCAUUUAGCAGACGCUCUUAUCCAGAGCGACUUACAGUUAGUGAGUGCAUACAUUUUUCAUACUGGCCCCCCAUGGGAAUCAAACCCACAACCCUGGCGUUGCACGCGCCAUGCUCUACCAACUGAGCUACAGGAGGCUACAAAUGAGUUUGGUUUGGACUUGUGCUCUCACUGUCAAGUAAUUCAACAACCCAUCGCUGCAGAUGAUGGUUUGAGAGUGUUUGUGUUGUGUGUGUUUGGUAAAGCCUGAGGCCCUUCAUCUCACCCCACAGAGCCACAGAGGGAAAAGAGGAGCCACAAGCGUGGCAAGAAGUGGCAAGAGCCCUGGCUGGACCAUGCUAAAGGUUUGCUCCAUAUCCCACCACUAUAUAUCCCUCUGUCUGUGUCUAUGUCAGUGCCAGACUGACUCUCUCCACGUCUCUCCAUCUCUACAGUAUCUGACCCCACAUUUAUCUCACACCAAGUGCUUAAGUGGAUGUGUUUGUGCAUGUGUUUGUGCAUGCAGCUGCUUGUCGUGUACCUGUAUGUGCAUGUUCCAGAUGUGUCUAUGAGCAUCCAUGUAAAGUGCCUUCGGAAAGUAUUCAAACCCCUUGACUUUUUCCACAUUUUGUUAUGUUACAGCCUUAUUCUAAAAUUGAUUAAAUAAAUAAAAAUCCUCAGCAAUCUACACACAAUACCCCAUAAUGACAAAGCCAAAACAGGUUUUUAGAAAUCUUUGCAAAUGUAUUUAAAAGAAAAAACAGAAAUACCUUAUUUACAUACUGUAAGUAUUCAGACCCUUUGCUAUGAGACUCGAAAUUGAGCUCAGGUGCAUCCUGUGUCCAUUGAUCAUCCUUGAGAUGUUUCUACAACUUGAUUGGAGUCCACCUGUGGUAAAUUUAAUUGAUUGGACAUGAUUUGGAAAGGCACACACCUGUCUAUAUAAGAUCCCACAGAUGACAGUGCACGUCAGAGCAAAAACCAAGCCAUGAGGUCGAAGGAAUUGUCCUUAGAGCUUCGAGACAGGAUUGUGUUGAGGCACAGAUCUGGGGAAGGGUACCAAAAAAUUUCUGCAGCAUUGAAGGUCCCCAAGAACACAGUAGCCUCCAUCAUUCUUCAAUGGAAUACGUUUGGAACCACCAAGACUCUUCCUAGAGCUGUUCGUCCGGCCAAACUGAGCAAUCGGGGGAGAAGAGUCUUGGUCAAGGAGGUGACCAAGAACCCGAUGGUCACUCUGACAGAGCUCUAGAGUUCCUCUGUGGAGAUGGGAGAACCUUCCAGAAGGACAACCAUCUCUGCAGCACUCCACCAAUCAGGCCUUUAUGGUAGAGUGACCAGAUGGAAGCCACUCCUCAGUAAAAGGCACAUGACAGCCCGCUUGGAGUUUGCCAAAAGGCACCUAAAGACUCUCAGACCAUGAGAAACAAGAUUCUCUGGUCUGAUGAAACCAAGAUUGAACUCUUUGGCCUGAAUGCCAAGCGUCACGUCUGUUGGAAACCUGGCACCAUCACUACGGUGAAUCAUCGUGGUGGCAGCAUCAUGCUGUGGGAAUGUUUUUCAGUGGCAGGGACUGGGAGACUAGUCAGGAUCGAGGCAAAGAUGAACGGAGCGAAGUACAGAGAGAUCCUUUCUGAAAACCUGCUCCAGAGCGCUCAGGACCUCAGACUGGGGCGAAGGUUCACCUUCCAACAUGACAACGACCCUAAGCACACAGCCAAGACAACGCAGGAGUGGCUUCGGAAUAAGUCUCUGAAUGUCUUUGAGUGGCCCAGCUCGAGCCCGGACUUGAACCCGAUCGAACAUCUUUGGAGAGACCUGAAAAUAGGUGUGCAGCAACGCUCCCCAUCUAACCUGACAAAGCUUGAGAGGAUCUGCAGAGAAGAAUGGGAGAAAUUCCCAAAAUACAGGUGUGCCAAGCUUGUAGUGUCAUACCCAAGAAGAUUGCAGCCAAAGGUGCUUCAACAAAGUACUGAGUAAAGAGGUCUGAAUACUUAUGUAAAUGUUAUAUUUCCGUUUGUUAUUUUUAAUAAAUUAACAUUUCUAAAAGCCAGUUUUUGCUUUGUCAUUAUGGGGUAUUGUGUCAAUUUUAGAAUAAGGCUGUAACCUAACAAAAUGUGGAAAAGUCAAGGGGUCUGAAUACUUUCCGUGCCUGUGCACACUCUGUCCUCUGUAAUGCAGCUGUGUCUGACCGACUUCUUCUGGAAGGUCAUCCAGUCAGUUAGAAUCACAUCAUUACCCGAGGCUGUGUCCCAGGAUGCCCUUAGCUCAAAUAAAAUACCUUCCGUCUGUCUGCCUCAGGAGGUCCCGAAAUUAGAUUUGUCUGGGCUCUUUGAUAUUGAAAUAGGAGUAUUUUUCUCCUGCAGUGAGCGGCAUCUGAUGUCUUCUGUCUAUUGGGGAAAUGGUUGGCUGAGCCGGUCUGUACUGUUUACGUGCACUGUCAGAAAUCUGGAAGAGUUUGCCUUAGGACAGAACCAAUCAGAGUUUGUCAAACAGUUUAUUAGCCGACCUGUAGUGUUUUCAUAAUGGAAUAGGUCUUACGCAUAUUUCUCUAUACUCUUUGAAUUGCAGCUGCAGUCCAGGAGAGGAUCGUAAUCUCCCGGUAUUUUUGGCCUGUCUUUCCCCACAUCUGUUUUCAUUAUUUCCUUCCUCAGACAGAACUGCAUUGUCCAGUGCUGCUAGUCAGUUUUUUUUGUUUCUGUUUUGUUCGAAAAUCAGGCACUAAACACUCCUGGGUUGUAGUGGUCUCAGUCUAUAUGAGUUAUGACUAGUUGUACUACCGGUAAAUGCAUUCACUACCCAAGGUCUGUCCUGUCCCCAUGUAUUAAUAUGAUGUGGAUGGUUUCUGUUUACCUCUGCAGUGUUGCAUUCUGGAGAUUACUACCUGUUUGAGUCGGACAGUGAGGAGGAAGAAGAACUAUUUUCAGAAGAAAAAAAGCCUCAGAAACAGACUGCCUUUCAGGUGAGUUCACCUUACAGACAUUAAACACAGCCUCUGCCACCACAACAUUUUCACAGCGCUAAAAUGCACUGAAAUGAGCAGAAACAACAAUAUUACUCAAAAUACUCCAAAGCUUGCUUUUCACAAUGGAGUAUUGAAGCAUGUGAAUUCCUCCUGCCCCCCUGUGCCCACAGCUGGCGUACCGGGCGUGGGUGACCAGUGCCAAGGCAACGCUGAGAGAACGCCAGGAGAGACAGAAAGAACAGAGGAGGCUGGAAAGAGAGGAGAGACGGCAGAGGGAACAGGACAGCUCUCCAGCAUCAGGUCAGAGAUCACACACACACACACACACACACACACACACACACAAACAAACACACAGUGAUUAACUUGUUUUUUCUGUUACAGGUCAUGAAGGUAGUGUUGAAUUUGAUGAAAGUAUCUCACACGAAGAGAUAGAUGACAAUGACGAACUUGAAGGAGAGGGCUCAGGUAUUUUGGGGGUUUAUUUAAUGAUGUAGGCUACAUAUUUUGGCCACUAUAUUCACAGUGUUUCAUAUAGCGCCAUUUAUUCAUUAAGUUUCACACAUUUUAUUGUCUGUAUGACCUAAUGCAAUGUAAUCUAAUGCUGUGCUCCAGGGAAGGCAGACAUCGUGCAGAGGAUCCUGGACAUCCUCAUGUUGCUGUGGAUCGUGUUCCUGGCCAUGGUGGACGGCCUAACAGAGUGGCUCAACCUCAUCACCAAGCAGUACGUGGACACCUCCACUGUGCUGUGCAACGAACGCUACCUCCUCAUACACAACGUCAGCCAGGUCAGUUAUAAGGUACCUCCCACACCCAGAAGUCAUCUACUUCUAGGGGGCUCUGCCCCAGCAUGACCAGUGAUGGACCCUAACCCUGUAGUGUUUGACAGGGGCCUCUGAGGGAGCCUAUGGAGGAUCAGCUGUCCCAGGGCAGCGAGAGCCCCACUAUGGAGACUUGUCUGGGAGACACAGAGGGAGACACAGACCACGUGAAUAGAACCAGUGCCACCAGGUUGGUGACGGUGAUAGCCCAUUUAACCUGUUGGACACAUUGAAUAUUAAAUAUCUCCUUUGAGGGAGGGACAGAAUUUAACUGAAGAAUGUCCUUUUCUUACUGGUUUGUAAUCAUCUAUAAUUCAGUCAGUGUUAAGUGUUAUUGCUGACCUGUGUGUUAUGUUGUAGUGGGUUGGAGCUGGAGGAGCUGAGCGAGCGUGAGCGUCACAGCGGCACCACCCUGUGUUGUUCAGAGCCCACUCUGGAGCUGCUGGGGGAGGAGCCAGAACCACAGCACAAAAGCCACUACCGCCACUCCAGGACCGCCAGUGAGAUGCUCACUGACAGGUACUGACGUAUACGUUACAAUGUUCCCAGAAAAUCUCUACAGUUGACAUGCUACAGACCCCAGCUUGCAGCCUGAUCGAUUUCCUUUCACGACACAGACUGCCAACUGUCCCCACGUAUCAGCUUGUGUAUGUCCUGUGUGUACGAACUGUACUGACCCCCAUGUCUCGAUCCCCCUAACUCAGCCAGUUCUUUGUGGAGGAGUUGGUCCAGUGUAGAGAGUUCUACUCCUCUCAGAACCGCCUGCUGAAGCUGCAGUUUGCCCUGUACAACCUCCUGGCUGCCAACUCCGAGCUGGUGUGCUACUUCAUCAUCGUGCUCAACAACAUGGUGACGGCCUCCGUCAUCUCAGUGGUGCUGCCCAUCCUCAUCUUCCUCUGGGCAAUGCUGGCCGUGCCACGCCCCACCAAGAAGUUCUGGAUGACCGCUAUUGUUUACACUGAGGUGGGUCGCUGUUGGGUUGAAAAUGCUGGUACCAAGACAGAGCUGGUUUAUGCAUUGUUAUUGUUGCACUGAUGUAGUAUGUUAGUGCAUACCUAUGCAAGCCUGUUGAGACAGCCGUUGCAUAGGUGCAGACGCUUACUAUCUUGUCCAUCUUCUUGCCUUCGUUGGCUAAAGUGGUGUAAACAUUGCGUAAGAUGUGAAGUAUGUAAUGUGUAAGAUUUUUUUUAUUGAACACCUGGUGUAAACCAACGGUAGAAACCAAAUAGCAGUCUAGAUUGCCCGACCCUAAUUUAGGGCUUUAUUUCACACUGUUCUCGUUCCAGGCUGUUAGCUUUUACAAAAAUAAAUACAAAAAUCACAGUAUUUAACAGAUGCUCAUGUAUGUUUAACUAUGUUUCUCUCUGCAUUAUUCUGGUUUGUUCCGGUUCUACUCAGGUCAUGGUGGUGGUUAAGUACCUGUUCCAGUUUGGUUUCUUCCCGUGGAACAGUGUAUAUGAGCUCACACUGAACGAGGACAAGCCUUUCUUCCCUCCUCGUAUCCUGGGCCUGGAGAAAACUGAUAACUACAUCCGCUAUGAUCUGCUGCAGCUGCUGGUUCUCUUCUUCCAUCGCUCACUGCUACAGGUAUACCAGUCCACCAUAAAACUCUCAGCCAGGACUCUGUUGGCCUUGACAUUUAUAAUUAUAUGUUUAUACCACAAGAUUUGGAUUAAAUACUCUUCACUGUCUCUCAUCAGCGGUAUGGCCUGUGGGACCAGGAGUGUGCUCUGGAGGAGAAGCCCUCUCGGCCAUCAGAGGAGGCCAACAAGAAGGAGGAAGGAGAAGGGGGAGGGAGGUGGAGGUCCAUUCCCAGCCUAGGACCCAGCCUCAUGGACCUGGAGGAACUCAAACCGGACCAGGACCAGAAGGCCGAACCAGAGCCUGGACCAGAGCCUGAACCAGAGCCCAGCACCAGCUUAGCCCCCACCCCAGAGCCGCCUGUGGAGGGACCCAAGAAGAAGGGCAGCAUCAUGCGCUUCCGCAAGAAAAAACAACUAAGCAAAGGUCAGUUAAAGAAACAAUAGAGGGGAGAAAGAAGACAUUCAUGAAUUAAAGGCUUGGGAUUUCAGAAUAGGAGUGUGUGUCCUUAUUACUGCCCUCCUCAGUUACAGUGAAAUGAUUUGUAUUCUGUUUGGAUUCUAGAAGCCUUAGAUAUCAAGGCUGAGAAGAAGGCGCAGAAGAAGAAGCAGAAGGGUAAACGUAGAGAGGCAGCCAGUAAGAAGCUGAUAGCAGUGGGAGAGAAGAUCAAGCACCUCACCAUCACCGCGUAAGUACACAGGAGUCACUCACAGGAAAGUACACAGGAGUCACUCACAGGAAAGCUCGUCAGACAAUGCAGUCCUCACACAAUUACAUAACCAGUGAAUUAUAUAGUGUUAUUAUGGUUUAAUAAAUCAUUCUGUGGGUUUUGAUUUGCAUUUAGAAGUGUAGUUGGUUGUGACGUGAUUACUGUGCUGUAUGAAUCAGCGGUUCUCUAUAAUCUUGCCAUAUUUGGGCAUGAACCGUGAUUUGAUUUCCCAAUCUUCUUUGUAGUAUGCGAAAUGUCUACAAGCCUUGUCACGAAUUCUUCAGCGACAUCUUACAUGCACCGUACCGUGCUGCCACUGAUGUCUACGCCCUCAUGUUCCUCACUGACGUGGUGGAUUUUAUAAUCAUUGUCUUCGGUUUCUGGGCCUUUGGAGUGAGUACUGUUUAUAUGACUGCAAUGAAUGCACUUUCUGUCCGAGGCCACUCUUGACACACAACCUUUCCUUGUGCGGGCACAAGCUCUCAAACCUUUCAAACCUCUCAAAUACAGUUCCGAUAUUGUAUUACUCCUUUUUGCAUCACCACCUACACGUUAUUCUGAUUAAACCAUUAAAACACAAUCUCUAGAAGCUCUGUACUUGGUCCCAGGAUACUAUAAUAGCAUUUUGUGGACUAAACGGUUGCCCAUUGUGCCUCAGAAACACUCAGCCGCAGCGGACAUUGCUUCCACGCUGUCAGAGGACCAGGUGCCCGAGGCCUUCCUAGUGAUGCUGCUCAUCCAGUUCAGCACCAUGAUCAUCGACCGAGCCCUCUACCUCCGCAAGACCGUCCUGGGGAAGCUCAUCUUCCAGAUCAUCCUGGUGUUCGGCAUCCACCUCUGGAUGUUCUUCAUCCUGCCUGCUGUCACUGAGAGGUGAGGAAGAGGAAGGUGUGUCCGCAGAGUGAUACAUCUCAUUACAUCAUGUCUAUUUAAUCACACUAUGUUUGUCUAUCUUCAUGAUGUUCUACAGUCCUGAAGCAGUGUGUCUAUUGCAUCAUUUCUCUGAGGUGUAUACUGAAGUGUGUCUCCCUCUGUCCUCUCAGGAUGUUCAGUCAAAACUCGGUGGCUCAGCUCUGGUACUUUUUCAAGUGUAUCUACUUUGCCCUGUCGGCCUAUCAGAUCCGCUGUGGCUACCCCACCCGAAUCCUGGGCAACUUCCUCACUAAGAAGUUCAACCACCUCAACCUCUUCCUCUUCCAGGGGUGAGUCUGUCCAUUCAUCUCCUCCUCUGCCACACCAUAUGGUAUGUUUGAGUCAAGGAGUCUCCCUGUUCAGGGAGGUGAUGGGAUGAGGUUGGGUACUGGUACAGGGUGAUAUUGUCUGUCUGUGCUUUCAGGUUCCGCUUGGUGCCUUUCCUGGUGGAGCUCCGGGCAGUGAUGGACUGGGUGUGGACUGACACCACUCUGUCCCUCUCCAACUGGAUGUGUGUGGAAGACAUCUACGCCAACAUCUUCAUCAUCAAGUGUAGCCGUGAGACAGAGAAGGUACAAAAACCUCUAGGUUACAAAUGUAGUUGAUAAAAUCACUUGCUAUCUAUUGUAGUGUGUGAUUAGGCCAGCAGUUCUUACAGCUGGUUCCUCUUCAUCCUCAGAAAUACCCUCAGCCCAAAGGCCAGAAGAAGAAGAAGAUAGUGAAGUAUGGGAUGGGAGGACUCAUCAUCUUCUUCCUCAUCUGCAUCAUCUGGUUCCCGCUGCUCUUCAUCUCAUUGGUCAGAUCGGUUGUGGGCGUGGUCAAUCACCCUGUGGAUGUCACAGUGACCGUCAAGCUGGGAGGAUAUGAGGUAAUUACUGGGGGGAAAAUUAUAAGUGAGCACAGUUUACACUCUAUGGGCCCUGGACCCAUGCUGCCCAUGGUCAUCUUCAAUGGCAAGUCUAGUCCAGCACUGAAAAGCAAGCAAUGGAGAAUCUAUGGAAGAUACAUUUGAAAUGUGCUCAUGUUAGAGUUGUUGUACUGAAACAUUUAACCAUUGUCCCUCUCCAUAGCCCUUGUUCACCAUGAGUGUCCAGCAGCAGUCCAUUCAGUCCUUCACUGAGGAGGACUACAACAAACUCACCACCAACUUCUAUGACAAUGCUGUACGUAAUACCUCCAACCCUACUGUAAAGAGCUGAACUCAUUUCCUUCCCUUGGGUGCCCUGUUUUAGAUUAUAAUCAAACAAAAUGUGUACAACUGUGUAACCGUGAGUAAGUGAUCCCUGUUGAAUGAUGAAUACAACAAACAUGAACUUGAGCUCCGCUGCUCUCCAUUUGCCUCAGCGGUAGGUAGUUGUAACUUCUGAGUGUCUGUGUGCGUCUCCUGCAGAGGGCUAUGCAGUUCAUCACCCUCUACAGCUAUGAGGACAUAGUGACAGCUAAAAUCGAGGGUAGCUCCGGGUCAGUGUGGAGGAUCAGCCCACCUAGUCGACAGGAGGUGGUCAAGGAGCUGCUGGGCAGCCCUGUGGACAUGACCCUACGCCUGGCCUGGACCUUUCAGAGGUCAGCUGGGUGUGGGGGGUGUGUGUGUGUGUGUGUGUGUGCCCACCUGUAUGUGUAUGCACCUGUUUGUGUGUUUUUAAGUAGUUGUAGAAGUAAAAACAUUUGCUUAUGCAAUUGCCCUGUGGUUUUCUAUAGUAUGUAUUGUAUUUUUGUCUGUCUCUUUCUUCAGGGACCUUGGCAAGGGUGGCACUGUGGAGCACACGUCUGACAAGUACUCCAUCGAUCUGGAACCAGGCAACCCAGUCAGAGCAGACCUUGCUUCACUGCUAGUGGGGAACCGCACAGACCCAGUGUAUGUUCUGCUCUCUACACAAAGUCAAAUGUACUAUUUCAAUUUAUGUUGUGUGAAAUCCUGUCCUGAGUUCUGUUUGACAUUCUCUGUACUGUUUUUUCCUCAGACGUGUGCCUCACAUGUUCCCCAACUAUAUCCGAGCACCGAACGGAGCCGAGGCCAAACCAGUCGACCAGCUGUAUAAAGGUCAGAGGAGCUUUUAUUUAUAAACAUCCUUCUUGCCAUACAGUGCUUGAAAUAUAGACGGGUUAGCUGACAACGUCACGAAACGAUGCACACGCUUCAAAGGGGCAGAAGGCCAAGUGUUGUUAUGGUUCUGGAUGGCCAGAUAGCUAGCAACAAUGACAAGAAGCUGCCAUGGUGGUGAAUCGUAAGUGGCUCGUUUCAGCUUGUUUGAUCUUGUUCUUAAUGUCUUGUUUUGACUGAUGUCACGUCUAUGCUAAUAUGGCUCAAAUUUGCUAGCUGUAACGAUGUAUUUGAGAGACAAGUGCUCAUUGUGCAGCUUUAUUUAUGUUUUCAAUUAACAUUGGAGAUAAUAUACAGUUUACAUGUUAUCAACAAUCUAAGCCAACCCCGUCUGUUUUUCCCCAUAGUUGCACACGAGUCAGUUUUGUUGCUAAACAAUCAACCCGUCUACAAGGAAGCUCAAAGCUAAAACAUAGGCAGUCGGUCUGUGUUACUGUCUCCCUGACACCAUGUUAUGUUGCAGGUGAUGAGGAGGGCUACCAGGAUGUAACCCUGUCUCUGAUGAGGGACCGCUCUCUGAACAGCACCCGUGGGGCCCAGGAGUGGUGGGACAUCAGCAUCGCCGACUGUCCUCCGUCCACAGGGGAUUGCGGCGUCCUGCCCAUGGUCAUCUUCAACGACAAAGUCAGCCCCCCCAGCUUAGGUUUCCUGGCAGGAUAUGGGUAAGAUCUGUGCCUGUCUGUCUUCUCAAUGGUAGCCCAUUCCAGCAAAUCUAAUACUAGAUUUACAUUCACACUAUUUUGUGGGAAAUGAACUGUAUUUUGAAUAGAAGAAAUCCAUAAUUUCAUUUUCAGACAGAGAGCUCUGUGUUCAGUUAUGCUCAUUCUAUACUUGUUGUCCAUUGCAGGAUCAUGGGUCUGUACGUGUCGGUGGUGCUGGUGAUUGGGAAGUUUGUGAGGGGCUUCUUCAGUGAGAUCUCUCACUCCAUUAUGUUUGAGGAGCUGCCCUGUGUUAACCGUAUCCUCAAGCUGUGCACAGACAUCUUCCUGGUCAGGGAGACCGGAGAGCUAGAGCUGGAGGAGGAGCUCUACUCCAAACUCAUCUUCCUCUACCGCUCACCAGAGACCAUGAUUAAGUGGACAAGAGACAAGCUAUCAAGUGACAAUCGCUAG